UGCGCUAGCUGAAUGUUACCUGCUCUAGCAUGGCAACAGAAAGAGAGAGAGAGAGAGAGAGAGAGAGGGCUUCAGCUGCAGCCUCCAUGCACACACACACACACACACACCCAGACACAAACACUCACACGUGCACGGACAGUCACAACAGGAGAGCAAGGAGUGACUCAGGUAAGCUCCUGAUGAGAGAGAGAGGGAGAGAGAGAGGGAGCAGCGUGGUGGAGUGAGAGAGGGAGAGAAACUGGAGGAGGAGGAGGAGCCACAGAGCUGAGGUUUUUAGGAAGGAGGAAGAAAAAGAGGAAUUGCACAGAACCCCCUGAAAAUCACUGUCUGUGGACUCCCAGGGUGGGCUUACAGGGGGGAGGGAAAGACGGGGGAUGCAGCAGGCGCAGAUGUGGAAGGAUGAGAGAGCUCUGAUUGGAUAAAUCUGACAGACUAGAGAGCGCUGAGAGACACACACACAUAGAAGAAAAUGACAUUUAGUUUUUGUAGCAGGACUGUUCGGGGGGCUUAAGAAAGGGGGAGGCUGGAAGAGAGGUUUGCAGACAGGGGGUGAGUCGGGACAGAGGAGGGGGUGAGGCGAGGUGAAUAAACACAGGAUGGCAGAUGGACCACCUGUCCUUCUGAGAUGAGGUGAGCACACACACACACACACACAUGCAGAAACACCAGCCUCACAUUUACACACUCCUAAUUCCUGGGACAGUCUCCGGAUUCAGAAAGAUCCAAUCACCUCUCUCUCUCUCCAGGACUUUGGCGAUGUUAUGAGACGUUUUGCUACCAGAUCACCUGGACUCCUCUGAGGGACCGGCAUCUACACCCCCUCUGGGUGCUCCACCCUUGCAGGAAACCUGUGGACACAAGAAACUGGAUUCUUCCUCACCUCCUGGGAUCCCCGUAACUCCCUGAAGAGGCGAUCAGGUGGAUCACCUGUGCCAUGAGGAUCCUGGCCUGAGUCGACCUCCCCCCCUUACCCGAGGCUCCAUCGGCCUGUCCCCUUCUCUCCCCACUAUCUGGAUGUCUUGAUGUAUUGCUGUGGGCUGGGACACUGGCGGAGAGUGCAGUCCACCUAUGUAAGUGAACAUCGCAGCAUCCAUCCGCAUGUUUCUGAUCCCAUAGCAACAGCCGAGUUGUUCUAGUUUCAGGAGGGGAGGGGGGGAUACAUCUUAAAGGAAACUGUACGAGAGCCGUGGCAGAUCACUGCACAUAAACACAGGAGUCUCUGUAUACUUUUGCCGUACGAUCACAUCAGUGUGUCAGGUGUGAUUGGGACUUUUCUUACCUGUGUUUUCCAGCUGAGGUGUUCACUCCCCGGUGUCAUUCUGUGCGAGUUUUCAGCCGCGCUGCAGUUUAUCAGGACAGACAGUGGCUUUGUCAAACAGCCUGUGUAUUGAUCGCAGCACAGGACUCCAUGAAAACAUUACCUAACAGCCAUUAACCUGUAUUGGAUGGUUGCACCUCUGCUGGUUUGUGCUGCAACAGUUUGUCAAGCGAGCGAAGUGGACAAUUUAAGAUCUCUGGAUGAAUUGAAGAAACAUGGCAGCUGCUUAAAAGAGCCUUCCUCCUUCACAUUAUUUAUCUUUAUUAGAAGAGACAGGGGUGUAAGAGGGGCGACAAACAGGUGCAGUUAUCUCAUUACAAGCCGGGUUUUACUGUCCUCUCAAUGACAGAGAGGAGCAGGCAGGACAGCCUCAUUCCUCUCCUCCACCUGUUCCUUCUCGUCUCCUAAACUCUCUCCUUCUUCCUUCCUUCCCUCUUCGCCGUUUGCAGCUUCAUCAUCAUUGUUCCCCUCAUGUGUCUGCACAAGCCCUGUUGCAGCUGAUAGAGUUAGAGUUAGAGCUGUGCAUUGUGUGGUGGUGCUGACUGCAGAGGGUCCCUAUCGUAGACACGCUCCCACAUGAAAUAGGCUUACUGUCAGACCUCAGCACUCAAUAGGCUGACAGCACAGAGCCGUGCAGAUUACCUCAAUCUGUGCUGCUGUAUGCAACGUGUGCCCACCUCAGCAACAAGCCAGAAAAGAAACUUACAUGCACGGCUUAAAGAAGUAACAAAUCAUUCACUUCAGUGUCAGUACUUUUCUAUUUUAACAAAGAUUUAGCACAAAAAUAGAAACACGGAGUCGAGCAAAUGCAUGUAAAUGUAAAGAAGUGGGAACAAAUCUACAAAAUAUGUUAAGGUGCAGCCAGGCUUGAAAAUCUGCCUCUCUGCGGUGCAGGCACAUUACUCAUCCUGUAUUUUUCACUCCAUUUGCGACAACACCUUAUGAGUUGUGUUGCCAACAUCAAUAAGAUCCAAAAUAGAUCAAUCUUUGCUACAACUUGGUGGAGGAGUGAAAUCAUCCCCAAACUGGAGGCCACAAUCAGUGCAAAGAUGAUACGUUCGAGCAAAUAAGUCGUGUUCGUUUUGACAUUGCUUGUUAUUUUUCCGUGGAAACGGUGAAUACCUUUCUCUUAUUCACUCAGAAGACUGCAGAAUCAAUGCGUGAAUCUCAUAUGCAAAUCUGCAAGACUGAUAUUUGUUUCAUUUCUCUCAUAAAUCUUGCAACGUAAAUCCAAAUAUCUCUCCUAAAGUGAUAUAUUGACUCCUUGUUUUCCAGAGUUCCUGCUCAGUCUUAAAAAGUUCUCCACUAGAUACAAGAUACAUUUCCAAAUCUACACAUACACCAGCGUUACAUGAUUUAAUAUUACUCUAUUUAUUUCGGUGUAAAGCUAAGGCAUUCACAAACGGAGGAGAGAAGGAGAGGAAGACAAGUAAAUACAAGGUUCAGCCUAUCUGGCGUCAGCAUGAAAAAUACAGGGAGUGGUAAUCAGGGGCAAACGACAAUGAGGUGACUUGUAAGAUAUGCAGACUUAGAUUUGUGAUUUGAAGUUAAAGAUCCCUCACCAGUCGAGAUACUAGUCAGUUCUGCAAAAAAAAAGUCAAAGAAAGUUUUCAUUGUAAUUUUUCAAAAGUGCGCAGUAACCACUUCUCUUCAUUUGUUGUGCGCUUCUGUACUUAAUUAGCAAUAUUUUAUACACUGAGCACACACAUUUGGAAAAGGAGAAAACACUUCAAAGUUUCUUACACUGAAUAAUCUCCCUUAAACCCUUGCAGUCAGUUACCAAUGAUGAUAAUCCCUUGGUGUGGAUCAAGUUCAAAUUUAAAAGUAGUCAUUCUGGAUCUAUGCAACAUCCUACCACAAAAAAAAUUAUGAAAAUUGGACCAUUUCAUUUCUAGCAGUUCUGCUGCAAACAGAUUAACAAAGAGCAUCUAAAAUAUAACCUAAAUUGGGACAAUCCAUCGUUUUGAGAAGAAAACAUCUCUCAGGAGUAAAAGCAGACAGCUUUGAUUAAUAGAAAGAUUAACCAAAGGUUUAGGAUGAGUUCAGAUUUUGCAACAUUUACUUUAAAUUUCUACAGGGAUAAAAAUCAGUUAUUAAUCUCAGUGGCAUUAAAUCUUUGUUGAAUCGAGCAGCUUUAACUAUGCACACUUUUAUAUUCACAUUCUUUCUCCAAACGUUUCUCCAGGUGUGGCCUUUGCUGGCACAGAGCACAGCUGGAUUACUUUAAGUGCUCGUCUGGCUCUUAGAAGGAGCUUCAGACAUCUCACUGUUCUUUUCUCGCUGCUGCUGCUUUUAUAACACUGAGUGUCAGGACGACUCAGCUAACAGGUGAAGGACGAGUCUCAGUGUUAUAUAAACUGCUAAAACCUAAAGCAAAGAUGUUUCAAGAUAAAAAAAGACGACCUGGACUUUUGUCCUUCACCUCAAAUUUCUCUCAACCUGCUUUAAAAUAGAUGGAGGGGGGAAAAGAUCUUUAUUUAUUUCUGGGCACGUUCAAAUUGACAUUUUUAAGAAAAAGAUUUGCUCGAUAUUAAAAAGGCAGUCACAGCUGUGUUUCUGUAUCAAGAUCUACUUUCUGUACAAGCAGGAUUUUUAAGCAACCUUCAAGUUAUCCGGUUGAAAAUAGGCAGAUUUCUUCACUGUUGGGAGUCUUGUAGCUGUAGUGACAGUAAGUUUGUCUUUGUUCCCGAAUUCUCACCUUCACUGUGAGUUUUAACAUCUGAUUACUGCAUUGCAAAUUCAGCUGUUUUAAGAUCAGGACUUAAAUCUGCACAGGAGAGGACACAUGAUACAACUAGAGGAAAAAUUAUUCUCCAUCUCAUAUCCUCGCCACAACAGCCUGCUGAGUUUAUUCAGAGAGCGCUGUAGCUCUGAUUAGACCAUAAUUUACAGAGUUUUUUUUCCACUCUUUUUGGUGCAGGGUGAGGCUUUAAGAAUAGCCCCUCUCUUUAUUUUUAUACUGCAGAGUUUCUUUGAUUCCUCCCCUCUGACGCCUUUUUCAGAUGAGGUGAAUCCAUAAGGACCCCAGAUCCAUACAGCGCUAAGGUGGACAUUGAUUACGGCGCUGAAUCAAAUCGUGUGGCAUAGGUAAACAGGCUGCGAGCUGGAGUCUGUAUUGACUUGUUUCCACACUCAACACUCGCGCGCUGUUAUUUCCUACUCCACUGCAGGCAAAAGGGAUUGUAGAUCACAGACGGGUAUCUGUGCUGUACCAAAAAAAGCUCUUCAUGUCUGCGCAGCCUCCGCAUUAUUUAUUUAUUUGUUUGUUCAGUUUGAAGAAAAAAAAAAAAAAAAAGGUGCUUAUUGAGUUAAAAAGACGAUAACUACAAGCUGUUGCAUCCAUGAAUAAAAUAUUUGGCAUCAGACUGAAUGAAGUCCAUUAAAGAUGUGUCUACAGUCAAACCCCCACAAAAGUUAAAAUUUUAUAAAUUGAUUUAAACUGUUUAUCUGCUUGAACGCUAGCUAGCACAGUCAGCCUCUAUAGCUAACUAGCUGGCUACAUUAGUAAGCUAGUUUGAGCUUGUCCGUCAAAGUCAUGAACAUGAGACAGCUAGCCCCUCAAAAAGACGACAUGUUCGGGUAAAAGAGGACGUAUGGUCACCCAACGUAACACUGCCGCUCAGUUUUCUCAAACUGUUGACGAAUCCUUUUUAAAACAGUAAUUUAAUAAUCUUUAAAUAAACUUACAGUGUACCACAAACUAAUUCGUCGUAGGUCAGUAGUUCAGCAGUGGACUCAUACUGUAGACUCCAGUACAGGUUGAUGUAUAACUGUGUAGUGAUUUGAAAUGAGCCUCAUACGGUCGCACCAAAAUAUAUGUAGCGAUUUGAAAUGAGCCUCACAAGGCCGCACCAAAAUAAUACUUGGCGAUUGGAAUUUAUAAUAAAUGUCUGAAGAUUAAUAAUCUCAAAUUAUGACAUUUAUGCACUCGUUGAAAGGGGCACCACCCACCCUUAAUGGUGGGAAAAUAAAGAAAACAAAAGUUUAAUUCAGAAAUCAAACAUCAAGUCAGUUUUAAUUAAUCAGUCUUAAUUAAUCAGUCUUAAUUAAUCAGUCUCAUAUCUUAAGUCGAAAUUCUAAUUUCAGGGACUCCACUUCUGGAAGAACACUAACAGACAGGAACUUAGAAAAAUAAUGAUCUGUUUAUUACAGGAUAAAUGAUGGUACAACACACAUGCAAUAAAUGAUGAUAAGAUAAUGAAGAUAAAUAAUAAUAGGUGAAUAAAUAAAGAUUCUGAGUCAGGCUAGGAGCACUAAAGUUAAUGAUAGUGAGUGAAUAUGCGCUAACAUAUUAACCUACACUAACUUUGGUGUCGAGAUAAACUCGGGUGUAGAUUCGGAGGAAUCUAAGAUCACCAGAAAUAGGUGGAUAUCUGAGUUAUGAACGCGUGAGACAGCAUCAGCCCUGUCUGGAGCUCUGGAGGUUUGCAUACUUAAGUGAGACUGGUCCUUGGAGAAGAUGGAGCAGGUUCCGAAGGUCCGGGGCUACUGGCGGUUCGAGCGGUUCAGCUCAGAAGACGACUGAAGUCAGCCGAAGGAUGAGCCAGGAGUUGCAGCACUCAGGCCCGAAGCAAAAACCAGCGCCUGUGGAUCCUGUGGAUGCUCGUUUGGGUACUUCUUUAGUCUCACUCAAAAACUCUGGCACAGAGGAUGACCUGGGCCUGUUGGAUUGCGUUCGGAGGUGACUUUGAAAUCACGCAGAAAACUCAGAAAACGAGGCUCGAAGAGCAGAGAAAACUUUCAAAAAUGGCUUCGCGAAUUUAAAGAAAAAUCAAUCAAAGGCUUAAUCUUGAAUUGCUAUGCGCACAAAAAGUUGAAGUUUCAAAACUUGAACUAAGACGAUGUUAAAGAAAAAUCAACGUGAAUCAACACGUGGCGUAAAACUUAGAAGACUAAGAAAAAGUUCUAAGAGAAAACAAAGAAACGCACCACAGAAGGGUGUGGGCAGAAGAGAAGGGGCAUAAGAGCCGGGGACAAGAGAGUCAGCAGAAGAGCAGAAGCAUAAGAGAGCUAAGAGAGCGAAAGAGAGUGAGCAACCCCACUCCACUGGUUUUAUCUUCUCACACUGGGAGUGUCUGAGGAGAAAGAGGAGGGGUCAUCGGGUCUCUGAUUAUUUGAUCUAACUUAUUCUUUUGGCUGGUAAAAGAGUCAGAUCUGAUACUCACUCACUAUGAUUAAUAUCAUUGAAUGCUAGGUUUCAUGAUAAAUAAUUUGAUACUAAACACAUAUGAAUGAAGUGUAGGAUCACAUCAAACAUUCUCAUUAUGUUUUAAGUAUCACAUUGAACAUGCUAAAUUACUCUGAAAUGAAACAGAUAGUAACACAUAGAAACUGUGAACAACAAAAGAGUAAACACAUGUGAAUGAACGUCAUCAUGAUUAAUAAUGGAUUCUAAAUACUCACAUUCAGAUUAUUCAGUGACAUUAUAACCACCUAAUGGUUAAGAUACUAAAUAAAUAACUAAAAUAUAAACCAAACAUUUCUAAACUAUUUCUGUUACUUAGAGUAAACUUAGGAUUCAUAGUCAAUAAAUUUAACUCUUAAAAGUUCAUGAAACAGUCUGAAAAGCUGUUGGUCUAAAGAACUAAAGAAUAAGGAUUUAUUCUGUCAGAUAAGAUAACUUGGCUUCUGAAGCACAUAGAAAAACGGGAAACAUCUCAUUUUAACACAAAUUUCAUGAUUAGACAGAUUAGUACAUUGCUGAAUGCAUAAGAUGUCAUGAUCAGUCAUUUGUAUUCUUUCACCAAAGGAAUGCAGUCUUUAUCAGUGUAUGGUCGAGCAGGGUUUUACGACCGAGGUCUGGAGGUCAGUGUCCCCCCUUAUCCUGGGGUCCGUAUGUUCACACACUUUAAGACGCUUAAUCUCAAAUGGGAGAUCUGGGUUAAGGUUAAUGUUUAUUUAGAUGGUCAGCAAAUGGAGUCAGUUUGAAAGGUAAUAAAAACUCUGUCUCUGUUCGCCGAACUGACCAAUCCUGAAGAGUCAGAGGUUUAGUCAACCUCCGGUUGGGUCACUUAUUUAACCUGAAAGUGCAAACACGUCUGGAAAGAUUUAUAUCCUGUUUCCUGGGACCAGAUAAGGAAACUUUCCUGUAAGGAAUGUGUGGGUUUCACAUCCAGGGUUGUCUUGAUUGCUACAGUCCCCCCUUCGUCACGGUGGUCCUGUCCAUGGAGCAUCGGGACGACGAGUAGACAACCAUGAAGCAGCAGCAGCAGCAGGUGUAUGCAAAUAGGACUGAUGCGUCUCGUCAUCACUAUGUGAAUCACUAGUACUGCUUUGAGAUAAAAUUAAGCAUGCAUUAAGCUAUCAAAUAAAAUAGUCUUGUUGUUAGACUUUUCUCAGUUAACUAUUGGUAGACUAAUGUGAAAGAAAAUCUCCUAAUUUUUAGUAUUAAUGAGAUUUAGGAAAGCACUAUUUAGUCUGAAUGCUAACUGGAUCUAAAGAUAUAGCUGUUUUCCAUGCUUGCUGGAGAAGUCUGAAAGUUCAAUUUCAGUUUCAAAAAUGGUUAAGACUUAGGUGGAAAAGAAAUGUCUGCUAUAGACAUAUUAAUCAUCUGUGUAUGAGCAUAGUCAACCUGAAUCACAAACAUCAAAAGUUUACUGCACAGAGUUUCUCUUAAGCUUUGUCUGUUAAACUUGGGGAUGAUGCUCUUAUCGGUUUGACAAAUUAUCUGCUGUUGAGUCUGAAAUUUGUUAAUCUGAGUCUUAAUGACAGAAAUUUCAGCUUUUAAUCUGUUCAUGGGAUAUUUGACAGCUGACAAGCUGACCAUAUUGACAGAGGAGAGACAAAUGCUAACAAAGAAAGCAGCAACUGGGAUUGCAGUCAUCAAUGUAUCACCACAGCAUUUGGAUAUCUUAUUGGAGUCAUUUAGCUUUGGCUAGGUGACUUCUGCUUUCGCAGGACUCACACCUUCAUGGCUCCGCAGUGUUAAUCUCAGUGGUUAGCUGAGUAGUCAUGUUUAUUCACCUUCAAAGUGGAUGAAACCGAUUGAGGUGGAUAAUAAGAUCGUCGUUUCCGAGAGUGUAAUUUACUCUGAUUCUGCCGGUCAUUCACCCCCCUUUGGCGGUGUUGAUGGUUUUUCCUUUGUCUGGGAUAAAACCCAUCGUGACGGGAGUCUGAAUAACAACAGUUGGUCUCAAAGUUUACCUGGCAUUGGUCUGUGUCAGACCUGGGCCUUGGUGUGUAACUUUGACCUUUGUGAGUUUGUUGAGGUCGAAAAGGUUUUGGAGGCCUGGUUAACCACUCAUUUGGAGGCUUAUCGGAGCCUGAAAAUACACAGUCUGAAGCUUCGUUCAGCUCCAUGGGCAGUGAUUUUGUCUCCAUAGCCAAGAGAGUAACGGGCUCUGCUUUCUUAGCCAAAGCUUGUCGUUGUUUGGCAAAACCUUUUACAGCAAGUUCACGAAGCUGUCGGCUAGUGGAAGUGUUUGGACAAGCUAAGACGCCAAGGUGAUGACUGAUGGUAGGGUGGAGGUUCUGGACGAACAGCGUUUUGAAGUUCAAGUCCUCCUCCAUUUCUGGUUCAUUUCGGAAACCAAAGUAAGCUUCGCGUAAGCGGUUGUAAUAUUGUUGGGGAGGUUCUGAUCUCCCUUGUUUAAUAGACAGAGCAGCAGAGAGGCCUGUCUGGGUCAAAUGAUCAGAAAACUCUUCAAUUAAUGCUUGGCAGAGCAAGUCAUAAUUAUUUCUGACAUGAUAAGGCUGUCUUUCAAGGAAACUGCUAACCUCUCGACUUGACGUCGCCUUAAUAAGGUAGAUUUUGUCAUCAAUGGUUGCACCUGGAAAUUUCCUCAGGUAAAAGUCAAUGUCUUUCAAGUAGGUGCAGGUGUCAAUAGCAGCUUGGUGCUCAGGUUCAAAGCGUGCUAUGUUGCGAGCAAUUUUGUCAAGAUCCCUGUCUGAGGGAAAUGGUAAGAAGCCAUCAUGAGGAGGAGAGUAGGACUGUUGGUUUAAGGAUGACCUCGCAGGGUCAAGCAGGGUCCUGUCAUGAUGCUGAGAGAGAUACUUAAGAGUUGGUUUGGAAGGAAGUGAUGGCGCUCUCUCAGGAGGCUGAUCACCUAUCAUUUCUUCAAGAAACGUUUGCUCCAUGCGUUCUCUUUGGGCUCGACCCGACUGGAGGGAGCAUUGUAACUCUCUUUGGGCAUCUUCAAGUUCUUUGUCUGUCUUUUCUUGCCGUUCUUGACAAAGAAUUAACUGUCUCUGAGCUAUCUGGAGCUGGUGCUGUAAGGUAGAAGUUUGCUUCUCCUUAGCUUCAAGAGCUUCAGCACGCACUUUGACCAGUGCUUUCAAAGUUUUUACAUCUUCUGUUGCUUGCUCUAGCAGGGAUUCUGACUGUAUCAGAUCCUCUGUGGUCUUAGCAAGCUGCUUAUUUGUGUCAUCAAGUUCUUUCUCCUUUUUGUAAAAGGUUUCAUUAAGUCUUUCAAUCUUGUCUUUGAGAUCAAGAUUUUCUUCAUGACUUAUCAGUGAGGGAAGCUUUGACGCUUCACAUCUGACACUGUGUUUUCCUAAAACACUUAGAGACUUCUUAGUCUCUUCUAGCGUCUUUUUCAGAGCGCUGUUUUCGUCUUUUUGCGCCUUUAUCUUUGCUAAAGCGCAUUCCAGCAAGUAGUCUUUAUACUCAAGCUGAGAAGACAUCAUGACAGACAUGCAUCUAGUGAGCUCUUUGUCACGAAGUGUCGUGGUUAAGGCUGUUUCCAGUAAGUCAGCCAUUUCAUCCUCCGGAUUGGAGGGUUUGGUCUUUUGAAUCUUAGUCAUGUACUGAGGUAUCAGCUGACUAGUCAAGUUUGCCAACACUGUGGGUAUGUCCCUCAGGGGGUCUCCCUGGCUGGACUCUUUUGUGUUAGGCAUGUUUGGUUUUGGUAAAGAGGUGCAGGUGGUUGGUUGAUGAGUUUGAGUUGACUUAAAAUAAAAGGAAGAAGCAAAAUAUCAAAUUAAGUGGGUUAAUCGACUUAAUUUAUCAGUGCUUGAUAAAGAGAAAGAGCCUAUCUGAGUAGAUCUCUAAUGGAGAGAAAAAUAACAUAAAGUUAAAUUCAUUUCAAUGAAAAUUGAAAACAAAAGGUGAAAUAAUGUUAAAUUAAAUUUAACAUCAGAUACAGAACCAUUGAAUAAAGGGUUCAGUUUGUCUCUGUGUUGCAGAGAUCAGCAAAGCUUAAAUAAACUGCCUGGUGCAGUUGGAUGAAUUGGCAAAAUCGAUGAAAUUGUCAAUUUAAGGAAUUAACUCUGAAGUUAAUUCACAAAUUGCAAUAAAUCCAAAGGUUCGAAUACCAAAUCUAUCUGGAAUGUUAAAAGAAAUUUCAAAUAUUAAUUAAUUUGUUCAUUAAUUAAUUAAUCUUAUGAGGAGGGUUAAUACAUUAAUGUAUUAUAGGGAACAGUAAAACUGCUCAAUGGUGUGAUAAGUAACAACAAGAUCAGGUGAUUGAUUCAAGGAGUUACUUUAUCAAUACAUCAUGGAGGCUCUUAUAACAAAGACAAAAAUCAAAAAUCAAUGAUCAAUGAUUUAGAAUAAGCACAUCAAACUUCAUCAACCAAGUCAAUCACUUGAAUUAUGUCUGUAGAGUGUUACACACUGACUACAGGGAGGCAGUACAGCUGGCUGAUACUGCAGGCAGAUAAUAGCAGUGUUAGCUCAAUACCAAAAGCAACCAUGUGGGGCAGUAUGGAGUUGGGAAGUAUGAAGGAAGGGGCCUUUAGGCUCUGCCUCCUUGAAGGGCCUUAUCUGCUUAAGGCCAAAUGGUCAAUCUCUCCACUGACAACAAAGGGUUAACAUUUCACAGCAGGCUGCGUCUGCACCCUCAAACAUAGAACUUUACACCAUCUGCUCAGGCAGAUUGGUUCAAUAAAAUCAUUUACAGGGACAAGGAUCAAAGUAGCAAAUCCUUAAACAGCAGAUUCAACUGCAGACUUUAAAAUCACAAAUGCGGCGAUUUGUGGACACAAAUUUUGUCUGAAUUCAUUCAAACAACAACCUCCCACUGUUACAGCGGUUUCCUGUGACAGGUAGUUAAUCUGUCAGGGGAAAGGAGGAAAUCUGAAUCCCAUAUAAUUACUAGAACUUCGUAGCAGACUAUAGAGACAAGAAUCAAAGUGACAAAUCCCUCAAUAGCAGAUUCAACUGCAAACUUAAAAAUCACAAAUGCGGCGAUUUGUGAACACAAAUUUUGUCUGAAUUCGAUCAAACAACAACCUCCCACUGUUACAGUGGUUUCCUGUGACAGGUAGCUAAUCUGUCAGGGGAAAGGAGGAAAUCUGAAUCCCAUAUAGUAACUAGAACCUCGUAGCAGACUAUAGAGACUUCAGGGGCUUGAAACCACAGCUCGGAGCAUCGCGAACACUGGGUUCAGCCAAAGGCCUUAAAUACAAGCGUACGGCGACGCCACAAUCGUGCACUUAAAUAUUGGACAGUCUAGACAGAGCAGAAGAGUCAGUCUCACUGCUACUCAGAACAACAUUUCACGCUGUCCAGCUCAAACACAGACUACAGGCAUGUAGUACAAAAGUGUGUGAAACACAGAGCAUAAAGGUUUUAUGCAUAGAUCAGGAAAACAUCAGAACUUAGUCAAGCAACUUCAGCAAGCAUAGCAUUGAUUGUGAUUAAGUCUAAAAUAGCCUGGGAAUAAGUUUCUCUCAUCAAUUUGGAAGGCUAAGUUUUAGGUUGUCUGUUAGUAUCCAGAAGUUUUGUUUGAAACGCCUCACGCAGGGGCACCAAAAUAUAUGUAGUGAUUUGAAAUGAGCCUCAUACGGUCGCACCAAAAUAUAUGUAGCGAUUUGAAAUGAGCCUCACAAGGCCGCACCAAAAUAAUACUUGGCGAUUGGAAUUUAUAAUAAAUGUCUGAAGAUUAAUAAUCUCAAAUUAUGACAUUUAUGCACUCGUUGAAAGGGGCACCACCCACCCUUAAUGGUGGGAAAAUAAAGAAAACAAAAGUUUAAUUCAGAAAUCAAACAUCAAGUCAGUUUUAAUUAAUCAGUCUUAAUUAAUCAGUCUUAAUUAAUCAGUCUCAUAUCUUAAGUCGAAAUUCUAAUUUCAGGGACUCCACUUCUGGAAGAACACUAACAGACAGGAACUUAGAAAAAUAAUGAUCUGUUUAUUACAGGAUAAAUGAUGGUACAACACACAUGCAAUAAAUGAUGAUAAGAUAAUGAAGAUAAAUAAUAAUAGGUGAAUAAAUAAAGAUUCUGAGUCAGGCUAGGAGCACUAAAGUUAAUGAUAGUGAGUGAAUAUGCGCUAACAUAUUAACCUACACUAACUUUGGUGUCGAGAUAAACUCGGGUGUAGAUUUGGAGGAAUCUAAGAUCACCAGAAAUAGGGGGAUAUCUGAGUUAUGAACGCGUGAGACAGCAUCAGCCCUGUCUGGAGCUCUGGAGGUUUGCAUACUUAAGUGAGACUGGUCCUUGGAGAAGAUGGAGCAGGUUCCGAAGGUCCGGGGCUACUGGCGGUUCGAGCGGUUCAGCUCAGAAGACGACUGAAGUCAGCCGAAGGAUGAGCCAGGAGUUGCAGCACUCAGGCCCGAAGCAAAAACCAGCGCCUGUGGAUCCUGUGGAUGCUCGUUUGGGUACUUCUUUAGUCUCACUCAAAAACUCUGGCACAGAGGAUGACCUGGGCCUGUUGGAUUGCGUUCGGAGGUGACUUUGAAAUCACGCAGAAAACUCAGAAAACGAGGCUCGAAGAGCAGAGAAAACUUUCAAAAAUGGCUUCGCGAAUUUAAAGAAAAAUCAAUCAAAGGCUUAAUCUUGAAUUGCUAUGCGCACAAAAAGUUGAAGUUUCAAAACUUGAACUAAGACGAUGUUAAAGAAAAUCAACGUGAAUCAACACGUGGCGUAAAACUUAGAAGACUAAGAAAAAGUUCUAAGAGAAAACAAAGAAACGCACCACAGAAGGGUGUGGGCAGAAGAGAAGGGGCAUAAGAGCCGGGGACAAGAGAGUCAGCAGAAGAGCAGAAGCAUAAGAGAGCUAAGAGAGCGAAAGAGAGUGAGCAACCCCACUCCACUGGUUUUAUCUUCUCACACUGGGAGUGUCUGAGGAGAAAGAGGAGGGGUCAUCGGGUCUCUGAUUAUUUGAUCUAACUUAUUCUUUUGGCUGGUAAAAGAGUCAGAUCUGAUACUCACUCACUAUGAUUAAUAUCAUUGAAUGCUAGGUUUCAUGAUAAAUAAUUUGAUACUAAACACAUAUGAAUGAAGUGUAGGAUCACAUCAAACAUUCUCAUUAUGUUUUAAGUAUCACAUUGAACAUGCUAAAUUACUCUGAAAUGAAACAGAUAGUAACACAUAGAAACUGUGAACAACAAAAGAGUAAACACAUGUGAAUGAACGUCAUCAUGAUUAAUAAUGGAUUCUAAAUACUCACAUUCAGAUUAUUCAGUGACAUUAUAACCACCUAAUGGUUAAGAUACUAAAUAAAUAACUAAAAUAUAAACCAAACAUUUCUAAACUAUUUCUGUUACUUAGAGUAAACUUAGGAUUCAUAGUCAAUAAAUUUAACUCUUAAAAGUUCAUGAAACAGUCUGAAAAGCUGUUGGUCUAAAGAACAAAAGAAUAAGGAUUUAUUCUGUCAGAUAAGAUAACUUGGCUUCUGAAGCACAUAGAAAAACGGGAAACAUCUCAUUUUAACACAAAUUUCAUGAUUAGACAGAUUAGUACAUUGCUGAAUGCAUAAGAUGUCAUGAUCAGUCAUUUGUAUUCUUUCACCAAAGGAAUGCAGUCUUUAUCAGUGUAUGGUCGAGCAGGGUUUUACGACCGAGGUCUGGAGGUCAGUGUCCCCCCUUAUCCUGGGGUCCGUAUGUUCACACACUUUAAGACGCUUAAUCUCAAAUGGGAGAUCUGGGUUAAGGUUAAUGUUUAUUUAGAUGGUCAGCAAAUGGAGUCAGUUUGAAAGGUAAUAAAAACUCUGUCUCUGUUCGCCGAACUGACCAAUCCUGAAGAGUCAGAGGUUUAGUCAACCUCCGGUUGGGUCACUUAUUUAACCUGAAAGUGCAAACACGUCUGGAAAGAUUUAUAUCCUGUUUCCUGGGACCAGAUAAGGAAACUUUCCUGUAAGGAAUGUGUGGGUUUCACAUCCAGGGUUGUCUUGAUUGCUACAACUGAAUUAGGAUUUGGGAUUGUCAGAAAGAGACCUCCAAUCCAUCCAUAAUACCAUCAAUCUCAUAUUCUGUCUCCCCGUCUCUGUCUUUGUCUCUCUGUCAACAACCAAUCACUGUCCUGGAACUCAGCAGCAUGAUAUCAACAAACACACAUAAAUAGAAACACAAUCCCAAAGAGUGUACAAAUACACUAAUCUCUUUCCUGCUGAUGUGGGAAAUUAAGGGUCAAGUCUCAGACAAAUGUUGUGUAUUUUUUUAACGUGAUGAUUGUGUUUCUAAUCUCAUGUUCGGGAUCAUUUACCUCUGAUCUGCAUCGGCCUGACGUCCCCUCUGCUGACUGGCCCUCUGCAGUUUUCCGCAGCCCACCUCCUCCAUCAUCUCUCUGCUCUUCUGCCUGUUGUCUCUGCGCUUCUCUCCCCCCAUCCAUCUCCUGUCAAUCUCCCCUCUCCCAGAUGUUAGGAGGGCUGGAUUGGUCGUUUGCUGGCCCCAGCCUUCGGUAUCUCGGAGGAGGGGCAUCCAUCAGCCAGAUGUUUGGUUGCAUAUUCAUACAGGGUUUAUGAUUGUGUGGAGAGCAGACAGCUACUGACAAGGAGAAGGAAGACGAAGGUUCAGGUGAACAGACUGGAGGAACUUUCCCUGUGUGGUCUAUUUCCAGCACUUUUGGAGAGAUCCUAUCUUGGUUUCUCCCACUCUCUCUCCUCCUCCUCCUCCUCCUCCUCCUUGAGUCAGUUUUGGAUCAUGUUUAGCCGGGUGUGAUUGGAAAGAGGCGAUGCUCCAGGCGGUUGUAAAUCUGGUGAGGGCUGUUGUUGGCACAGUGGAAGACUUUAAAUGAAAAGCCUGUCUCCAUCUACGAGCCGGCUGCUGCUGCUGCUCCUGCUGCUGAAAGAGGACUGGGAUCUAUGCGUAUGUGUGUGCGAGGACGCCGUGUGUUUUGGGCCUUGACCUCGCUGCCCUGUAGCCAUGUCAAAAGUGCCUAAAAACAAAAAUGUCUCCUGGGUGAGUAAUGCCUCUUUGACUGGAAAGGUUUUGACUUAUUUUCAAAGUUUGUUUGUCUUAUCUGGGAUUUAAUUUGCCGCAUUUCUUACAGAUGAUAACAUUUUCCUUUAUUUUAAGAGAUUUUGAUGUACAGAAGUUUGGUGUCUUGCUUCUCCAAAGCUAAACUGUUUUGUUUUUGACGAAAAAAGCAUGAUUUUCAGCGCUCGGUAUGGUGCUGCAGAUAAAAGCAGCGUGAUAAAAGCUUGUCUUUAAUGGUCCUUUCGCACAUCUGCCUUUACGUGACUGACAGCUGCGGGGUUAAAACGAUCCCAAAGCCCCCUGCGCUCUUCUCAAGGCUGCUGUACACCAUCCUGUCAAAAAUGAAAGAGCAUUAAAAAGAGGAAAAUGCAUGUGAAGUGGGAGGAGCUUAAAUGUGCUGACAUUGCACUAUGCGAGUUUGCACUAUCUGAGUUGAAGUCCUUCUUUCUUGCUUGCUUGUGUGUGUGUGUUUCUGAGUUAAUGACGAGCUCUGCAGUCUCUUUGUGGGUCAGGGCAGAUGUGCGGUUUGUAGCGGUGUGGACAUAGAGGAGGGCAGAGUGGAAGGCCGAGGUCUGGAGCUCUGCCUGAAACCGUGCGUGCCAUCCAUCUCUGCCCCGGCAACCCUGCCCCUGCGCUACUGGCCCUGGCUUGACAGUACACACACUCAAAAACACACGCUCACUCAUAGACACACACUCUCUGCUUGUAAGAAGCUUAGGGACAGAUGUUUGUUUAUGUAUGUGGGAGAGCACAUGUGCGCAUGAACACGUGUGCUGUGUUUGGGGGGAGUGAGAUGACAGCGGGGUAUUUUCUGUUAACGGUGCAGGAGCUGGACUGUUUGUCUCUGCAUCUGGUGGAUAGGAUUUUUUUUUCUGAGAGUCAUUUUAAAUAAAGUUUCAAGCACUUUCAUUUUCUUUAUUGCCUCGUUUCAUGUCAGAUUUUGAGAUUUCAUUUCAACUCUUUGGAGCCCCUUUUUUUAAACUUAUACAAAUCUCUUAAAUUAAAACAAACAAUGAAGUUUUUACCUAAUUUCUCCUGGAUUUUUUUCUGCCAACCCUUGUAAAAUUUCAGGUUAAAGUCGUAGUGAGCUCAUAAGUGAACACAGCAGGAAAUACCGGUCUUCUGUGGCAUUAAUUGAUGACAGUUUGCGCGAUCUGUUCAUGUUUUUAGGUCACAAACAGGGAUAACAGUAAUGAACUGUAAAAGCAAGAUGAGCAUGUUUUGUAACUGAAAUAUAGAAGAUUUAUUUAAGUUUUCCAGAGAAGUGUAUCUCAGUGCAUCAGUAUCCCCCUUCAAAUACUGCUCCCAGAUCAGAGUCACUUUAUUCUUUUUCCAUUUGCAUCCUCAGAGGAAAAGGAGCAGGGUUUUUUUUAUGCUUCAUCACAGACUGUGACUUCAUGCUGUGACAGUCAUGUAGGGGGGGGCAAGCACCUGAAUUUUUCCAGAAGUUUUCUAGAGUGCAUGUCUGAAAUAGGAAAGAGCAUUAGUGCCACAUGAAGACAAAAAAAGAUAAUUACAGGAAGGAGAUUAAAGGCGAAAUUUCGAGAUUAAAAAAAUCGAAAUUAUGACAAUAAAGUCAACAUUUCAAGAUUAAAAAUUAAAAUUUCGAGAUUUAAGUUGAAAUGUCAAGAUGACAAUAUGUCAAAAUGUCAUGAAUAAUUUAGAAUUUUCCAGAUUAAAAAAACUGAAAUUUUGAGAUCAAAGUCAAAAUUAAAAAAUCAUAUUAUGACAAUAAAGUCGACAUUUCCAAAUUAAAAAUCUAAAUUUCGAGAUGUCGAAAUGCCGUGAAUAAUUUAGAAUUUUCCAGAUAAAAAAGAUUAAAAUUUUGGGAUUAAAGUUGAAAUUUGGAUUUACUCACAUAAUUUCUGUUUUUUUUUUAUCUCAACUUUUUAAAAUUUUGACUUAAAUCUCGAAAUGGAAAUUUAGAAAAUCUCCUUUCUUUAAUUAUUUUUUUCUCUUCUUGUGGCCCUAAUUCUCUUCCGUACUGAAAGCAGUUCAACUCUCACACAACAAAAUGACUUUUUUAAUAAUUUGCAAACAGUCUGACUCUGAAAUCUGUUAAAUUACUAAAAGACGUGAUAAGUUUGUUUGUGACAAAAGUUCAAUUUUUAGGCUGGUAUUGGACGUUUAAAAUAACUCCAGUUCUAUCUUAUAUACAGUAACAGCCCCUUGUAUUGUAUUGCUGAUAUAUUUUGAAAUUCCUCAUCAGAUUGCUCUCCAUUAUUGUUUGAAGCACAGGCUGUAGCCUUCAGCCACUGGUCACACCUCACAAACAUACAAAAACAAAAACAAAAGCGUAAUGUUUAACUCAGUAAGUGCAGCGAUGUGAUACAUGCAUGCUGAGAAGCUUUUUAAGAAAUUAAAAAACUGCAUCAUUAAUGUGAAUUUGUUUAACUCGGAGAAGCCUUUUUAAUAGUACUUUGUCAGUUUUAAGAGCGUACUCUGAGGUUUGCAGACAUAUUCAUGGCCACUAGAGUAUAGUACAUUUAAAGAACUCAGUGGGUGUUGGAGAAUAUUUUCACUUCUUCACAUAUUCCAUGUAUAUAUCUCGUUUUAGCUGCACAGAAAUGUUCCACCGCCUUAUGUAACAACUCCACAGAUGUCCUCAGACGGACUCAGUGUAAGCAGAGACUCUGAUGGAGCGUUUUGUUGGCACUUGAGCCUAGUUGGCUCCUGCUGCAGGAGAUUUGAGGUGUCAUGGAGCUGAUUUAGUAAAGCCGCAGCUCUGGUCCAGACCCAGGUCAUAGGCUAAACGUCGAGACCUUCAGUUUGCAGUCUUUUUACUUCUGUCACAGCUGAUCUGACCUCUGAUGGUGAUGUCCGCUCCAGUCGCAGAGAUAUUGAUAAGGACUUGUGUGCACUGUCAGCCAGUGUGUAUCUCUGUGUGUGCGUGUGUGCAGCUGUGAUUGCUGUCAGUCCAGAUGUGUUUUUGACCAAGGGGUCAGUGUCACAAGUUCUUGCUCCGGCUCAGCUGACGCCAGCUCUGCAUGUUUCAUUCCCAUUAUGCAAUGCUUUCAUCUGUGUCCCAAAGCUCUCUGGAGAUUUUGGUACCUAACGCAUCGUCCAUCUGUCCUCUGAGGGUUACAGACCACCAUAAAAUAACACACCACAGCGCUAUUGACUUUUCGUAAACAGUGUAGGAUUGGUCUUUAUUUGAGCUUUUAAAUGACGACGCAAGAGUAAAAGCCCUUGAUUUUAUUCAUGGAUAUGUGGUACAGGAACUUUAACACUUUCUGGACAACUUUCAAUGACCUUCCAAAAAAGUAGCCCCUCUAAAAUCUGCUGACAGUCUGGGAUUUGCCUCCAGAAAAUAAUGUUGCUGCAGAAUUUUCAUGUUUUAAUUUUACUGGGAAAAAAAAUCCAUUUCACUCCAUUAAAUUGGGUGAAGGCAGAAGAAAUGUCCUCAGUGUCCUCUAGCUCUCUGCAUGGCUAGACACGGUGCAUGAAGGUUUUAAUUGUAAUUUAAACUAAUCCUUUCAUUCUGUAGCUUGUCUAGGUGUUGCUGCUACAAAGUUAUUCUGUAAACUUAGGGGUUUAAAUGUACUGUGAUUUGAUCAUUUUUGUGCAGCAAAGACUCAAGUCUAAAAUUCUACUGUAUUUUAAUAGGACGCACAUUUACCAGACAAGUCAUAUUUCAAGAAAUGUGCCAGAAACAAGACUGGAACUGAUUAUAAUGAGUAAAAAUAUCUGCCAAUAUGAAGAUGAAAAACUUGUAAAGUAAGCGUCUUGAAAUGGGAUGUAGUACAUAAUUUAAAGCUCUUGUGAGGGUCUUAAAACUUGGCUAUGGGAGAGACUGUUUUAAUACUGAUACCUAACUUUGACCUACAACAGCAAAUGAGUUCAUCAGCAUGAAGAUUGACUAUUUCUACAUCAUUAUUUUAACGUCUAAAAUCACUGCCAGGGGGUAAGUCAGAUGAAGAGAUACCAUAAAUACUAUCUUAACAAAAAAAUGUAAGAGUUUUCCUGGUAAAGACUCUCCUGGACUGAUACAGCAGGUCCAGGUCAAACUUUUAGUUUGUGCCAGUUUUGGCGCCCCCUGUGGACAAAGCCAUGAUCGCGUCCUCUUUAUGCUUAAUUAGUGUCCCACAAAAAUCUCAUCCUGUAGACUUUGAAAGUCGAAUUUAUCACUUUUUGUGAAUAUCUAAAGUGGAAAAUGUAAAAGUAUGGCUGUUUCUUCGGUGGACCCACUGACACCUACCCCUUUGAAGCCCUUCUAUAUUUAGUAAUUUGAAUAUUACAGCAUACAAAUCGUCAAUCUGGUCACUGAUAGCAGUUCUUACUUUUGUAUAUCAUAAAAAGUCAUCAGUUUUAAUUUCAGUCCAUUUCAUGACCGUUUAAAAAAAUAUCCUCACAUGAGCUUAAAAAAACACAAGUUCAAAAAGGUGGUGAGUUAGGGGGCACCAAAAUUGGCACACACUGAAUUUGUUCAAGGAGCUUUAAGAAACCUAUCCCAGAAAUGUUGCUGGCUGUCUUAGCAGAUAGUUUUACUCAUAACGCAGACUUUAUUUUGGGUGUGAAAGUUGAACAAUUCCUGGUCUUUUCUGGUAAAUGUUACUUAUAUUACGUUUUCAUCAGAAACUAGACAAAGGCAAAACAUUUUUUGACACCCUGACAAACUGUGGGUAUAUAUUAAGGAGUUAAAGUCACUGUGAGAAGUUUUUGAUUGGUUAUGAAAUAGACUUGAUUUACAGCACACUGGAGACAAACUUUAUUUUUCUUAUUCUGUGGUUGAUGUUCACUAGUCAGGAAAAAAAGUUAAUUUCACAUAUUCGGGACAAAAUUGGCAAAUAUGUCAGAGGUACCGCUUGUUCAAAGGGAGAACAGAAAGGUACUCACAGGAGCUUUUAAAUACACAUAUUCCCUCACAAACUUCUUAUUGCAGGCUGAAAUUAAAUAAUAUUUAAUCUAUAAAUGAUUCUUACUUUGCCGUGGGACUUUUUGAAAUGACAAUUCCUGUCUUGUGGUGGCCCCUGAACAAAUUGAGAACGGUAUAACCAAAGUGUAAGAUGUCUUACCUCAAAUACUUUUUUGUACAGGUAAAAAGAGGCAAUGGGAAAAGUUAAUCAUCAGGCAACAGCAUAAACACUAAGCACAUGAGGUCUUGGGAAUAUUCCUAUACUCAGGUUGAGGAGGGGAAACAUGCAUUAAUGGUUCUUGUGAUGCUUUUUUGUAGUAAAGUGAACAAGGUUUUAUCAUAUUGAAACCUCAUGUGUUAUAGGGAUCCACAACCAGAUAUAUUGUAGGUGUGGAAAUAUCACGACUGUUGACAGGAGGGUUGUAAUUAGGAUACAUAAAGUAAUUAUGUCGUGCUAGCUUUUUAAUUUCAUCUUUCUGGUUUAAAGCCAGGCCAUUCUAAUGCUCCCAUUUUUGGAAGUUGUUUGGAUGCUCACUCACGCGCGCACACACACUAAUCAGGCGUCACGCGCACGGUGGACGCAGCCAGCUCCAGUCAACACCAUAAAUGAGACACUGCACCUCGCGUGGACAGUGAGUGGGCAGUGCGGAGCUGCUGGACGCUUUUCUUUAGUUCGCUCGCGGUGCUUGAGGUCAGGCCGGGGCGGUGUGUGGCUCAACAGAUGCCGCACCGGGGAAUAAGCCUUUAAUACCCCGAGGACUCGGGAGAGGGUAACUCCGCUCAACUCACAAUGCAGACUUAAGUGAAGCCCACUCACGACACUCAUUCGCGUCUCCAGUGGUGUCCUCCGCGUCGCGGUUUCCUAGGGAUAAGUUUUUCACCUUUACGCACAAGACGACGUGUCCAGAGCGGUCUUCCUGCAGGUAGACGGCACUUUUGGACGUAGUUACCUGUUUUAAAGGUAAAGUGAGGCUCAUGGCAUACCUGUGCAUGUCUCAUUCACUGGAGCCAGGUGAGCGAUAAUCUGAUCUGGUCGUUGAACGGUGGAAUAACACCUGCGGUGCGUUUUCAUCACCAUGCCGCCUAAGAAAAAGGUAAAUAUGCAAAAGACAUUGUUUUUAAGCGUGUGCAUGCAUUCGUGCGUGCGUGUGUGCGUUUGUGCGUUUGAGUGUGUGUGUGUAUUCUGGACAGGAAGGGUAGGAGAAUGCACCAUCUGUUGCACCGGGAGUUAAUCCUUGUAUGAGGCCUUUCCACAUCACCGCUCUCAGUGAAACAGUCACUGAAUGCGGCGCGGUGCAGAUAGUGAUGCAUAUCCACAUGCAUGUAUCAUGCCAUGUGUUCAGCAGAAAGCAGGCUUCAAAGAGAGUUGCAUAACCAAUUGCCUGUGACAUCUGAUGGAUUAAGUAUUCUCGUCCUCCCAGUUUUCCCUGUUUUCCUUUAUAAGCACGAUUUCUUGGACUUACUCUGACCUUUGUGUCAUAGUUUUUUUAUGUUAAAGAAGCUGAAACUGUAAAUGAGGUUUGUUGUUUUUUUUACACUUCACUCUGUAUGUGAUAAAAGUUUUAAUGUGCAGCAGCAACAGAUAAGGUCAGGUUCCCCAUCCUUGGGCUGUCAGAGCCACUCCAUACUGGAAGAAUAAUGAUAUGUUUCUUCUUUGUCUCUUGUGUCCCCCUACAUUUAAGCAUUCACCUGUCAGUCUAUGAAAUAUGAGGGUUGUUUUCUAACACUUGUAGCUGCUUUCAAUGAAAUUUCAGCAAGCCCCAGAGAAAACUCCAACAAUCUCAGGGGGAAAAAGUUUUCUAGUUGCCACAUGAUUUUAAUAGAAAAGCUUUUUUGGGUGGUGACACUUAUUUCCAGAGCCGGCCCAAGCCUCAACGAGGCCCUAAGCAAAAUUAGAUUUUGGGCCCCCUUUUUCUGCCAAUAAUAUUGAUUGUUGAUCAUUCACACACCUUUAUCUCAGUGUUUGUUCCCUUCUUCCUCUUUCUUCCUCUUUCUUUUUUCUGCUCCUGAAGGAUAUGUCCUUUUUUGCAACAUUGUUUUACCCAACAAUUACCUGCGCUUUGGAUGCUCAGUGCACAUUGCACAGCAGGAGGCACAUAACAGUAGUAGAGCUUUGACAUAUCUGCAGUAAAAAUCAUAGGCCUACAUCAGCAGCAGCACUAAAAUGUUUUUACUUGAUUUUAUAUAUAUUUUUUGCAAUAAUAUAUAUUUGAUCAUACAGAAAGCAUCACUCAUACAUGCAAAAAAUAAAAAAUAUUUUAAAUUUUUUUUUUUAUUGCUCUUGGGGGCCACCUAUUGGCCACGGGGCCGUAAGCCGUAAGCAUGAUGUUAGCUGGAUAAAUAAUCUGUAAAAGGAAAUCAACCAUCAAAAAUAGAAAAAAAAAGAACUUGAACUAACGAAAAAAAGUCAUGAUAAGAAACAGCAAAAAGUUUUGCAGCUGUUUGUUGGCAUGUUAGCCAUGUUAGCACCUUAUGAAGAUGGCGAUAUCUUCUGUUAGGGGUCUAUAGCUUUUUGAUUUUUUAUGUAUCACUCACAGUUGAAUGAAACAUAAGCUUCUGUUUUCUUUUGCAUCCAAGCACCUCAAUACAGAUCCUUGGCUCGGACAAACUGGUAACACCAUGGGGUGUAAGGAAACCUCACAGUCUCCGGAUGGCCUACUGACUUGUGUGACAGUGUGUGCUGCCGGUUAGCGCUGCCCCACUGCUUGCUACCUAGAAAAGGAAAAGCCUCUUAGUAGCCGUUACUGGGGCAGAUACCUGUUCUCCUUCCAGGCAGGAAGUGGGACAGUAAAGACGCUGAGCUGUCUGGAACAUUGGCACAAUUGAUGGACCUGUUUCCAAGAUUAGGAUGUAAGAUUAGGAUGAUUAGGUGCACAUUGUGCUGUUUUAUUUCCUGUAUUGGUAUCUUUAAUCUGAGAAGAUCAUCCUCAGUGUUUUCUUACUGCAUUAAGAGUGACUGAGACGACCGGUCCAGGAAUAGCGGUGUUUCAGAGCUAGCCUCAGUGUGGUAAGGGAGAAAUUAUAACAUAACAGGAAUGGUUGGCAAAUGUUUCUUUUAUAAUCCCCACACACACACACACACGCACCCCCUCUGUAUACUGACAGUAAUCAUGUUGCAUCAUAAUGCUGUGCAAUGCAGCAGAGCACUGAGCCUUUCUGUUUGCAAACUAUAGGAGGAAUAUAUCUAUUACAGGGGCCAGGCGGGCCAGGUAUUAAGUUGUAUAGAUAAUUUUAAUGCUUCUAUUGUAUCUCUAUCUGAUGACUGUCAGGGCGCCUGAGCACACGCAGCACCAUAGCAGCAGAGUUGGCUGUCUGUGAGGAGUUUGCAUUUGUCUCCCCCUCUCUCAAUCCUGGAUUGACGCAUGCUAUCUUAAUCUCCUUACUCAGAGACAAUCAUGACCCAGAGAGAGAGACCCAGGAGCUCACAUACACACAGGUUUUUUCUGCAUGUAAUGAUUUAGACUCCGGUGCUAUGAUUUUCUCUGAGGCAAAUUGUUUUUUCUUUCUUUGAUAAAUUCCUUUCAAUGUGCAGAUUUUCUCAGGGGUAGUGCUUAAAUCAUUUGGAUGGGCUUUUAGAGUAUGACUUGAUCCUACAAACACACACAAAUGCAAAUUUAAAGUUUUUUACUGCAGGACUGCCCUAAACAUCUGUGUCCAAAACUGUGCACAAAACAGCUAAAGUAAGAAAGGACCUGACUUUGUAAAAAAUAAUCCUUGGCAUGCCCAGAAAGUGAGCUUACCUCCUGUGGUUUAAAGGCAUCCACCUGCCACAAUAGCUUAAGUUUUCCAAACUCUACCACCCACUCGUUUAAGAUCUCUUUAUUUCUACCCUGAACUUAUUUGUGCUCUUUGUUCCCCUUACAACAAGACAAUAAUGUUAUUUAUUUAUUUCAUUUUAUCACUUGGAAGCUGGUUGGUGCUUUGAUAGCAGCUGUGUUGUCCAAGUCUGUUUCAGCUUCAACUUCAUCCUGAGUGAGAUAGCAAGAGAGAUGUAGUAUUAUUUUUAAAAAUGGUCAGCCUGUAUGAGGAGAGUCAAAUUUUGACCUUUGACUCAUUUAUUUUUGAAGGUGUAUCAGCUGCAAAACUCAGGGAAGAGGGAGAAGCGAAUGAGGACAAAAGUAGUCAACACUCUUGCAAAUGUUCAGCUGAAUGCGAAUAAUAACAAACGAGCACAAGUGCUCCUGCAGACAUCCCAUUUAUCAUGUCUAAUGUGACCUUCAGUGGAAAUGUUCAGUUAAACGAUUAUCAUAUUUGCAUGCUGGAAUGUUUUCUUAAACAUUGAUUGAAAUCGUAACUUUGGCGUCUGUUUGGCUGCAGCGAGGAUUUUAAUUUGUAGCCAUGGUAACGCUACCAGCUACAGUGGAAUAAAGGCGGGUGUUUUUUUUUAUCUGUACAAAGACUAAAAUCAACAUUUGGUGUCAAAACAUACUAGUUUUACCCAUUCACUACAUUAUUCCUUACAUAAUAUGAACUGUAUGAAACGGCACAGCCCCCGAACGUUUACACCAUAGACUGUAUGUAGAAUGGACGCCAUCUGCCUCCUUGCUGGGUGAAGCCACCCCGAGAACAGCACCCUCUGGUGAUGGGCUGCAGUAUAGGUCAUAAAUCCCGCCUCCGCCAGCAAAGCUUAUGGAGCUGUGGACAAACUUUAGAAAUUUAUUACACAGAACAUCAUUUUUUCUCCCCCGUUUGCGAUGUUGACAUGUAGUUAUUGUAAGACUGGUUUGUGCUCAAGUCCUCUUUUUUCUGUACAGCUCCAUUUUUAAAAGUUAUUAGGGGGUUCAUGUUUUCUAUGAUUGACACUUGAUACAGCCUAUGGGCGUUCAGGGAUUGCGUUUUUCACCCGGGGGAUACGCUGUUUGAGCCGAGUGUCAUCACAGCAACUCCUGGCGACUCUCCCGCCAAAUGCGUACAACGCUACUGCGCAAUGUUGGUUUCAGGAAAUUGAGAAAGAAUGUGGAAAUACCGAGAUCUUUUUGGCUUCAAAUCCAUAUACAGACAGAGGGCGGAACCAAGUUGUCCAUAGUAUAUACAGUCUAUGGUUUACACUUACAGUCCCAACAAUGGCUGCAGUUCUCGGCUGUUGGUUAGACCUAAAUUUUAAACUCUUUUAACUUAAGCUGCUAGAGUUGAAUGUAUAUUUUUAAAGAAGGAAUGUUUAAAGGAAAAUAAAACUUUUUUUUACUAAUUGGACUAAGCUAGGAUCAGUCUAGCUCUAAAUAACAAGAACAUGUCUACUGCUCAGGUCAUCUCACCUGUUUGGACAUCCAGACUUAACUUAAGUCUUUGAGCAUGAUAGCAUUUUGUCAACCUUGUCAAGUGCAGCCUUUGCACGUGUUUUUCACUUAAAUUGGUAAAGUGUCAUUGAACCAUGGUAAGUCAGUCAGAGAAGUCCAGCGUGACAAACAAGCAAGUUCUAGCCUAAUCAAGUAUGCAGAGUGGCUGAAACUAAAUUGUCUACAACUGUCCUAAAGCUAGAAACAAAAACCCUCCUGGAAAUGAAUCUUUGACUGUUAGAGUCAUUUGUUGUAGUUUUUUUGGGGGUUGUGUUUUGUCGCCUUUAUCAUUUGUAAUUGUCCUGGUGCCACACCAGGUGGGGUGAAGUCCUGUGUUUUGUUCACUGUAAGCAGAAGAAGAUGCAAUUAGUGGCAGGUGUGUCGGUAGCUGGAGAAGCACACAGUUUUUUGACCAUCAUCAUCAACAUCAACAUCGUCGCCAUUUGUCUUUAUUUCGCAUUUGGUUUCUUAAGAAAGAGAGGAAGAAUAAACAAAGAAAAUGUGACUUGAAUGAACUGUUUCAUUUACACUGGGAAACAAGUAGGCAAGGAAGAUGUGUCAACUGUAAAAUCUGGCUAUAGUGCACCUCGAUGGCUCUCAGGAUAAUUUCGGCUGGCGAAAUCAAGUCACUAUAUUGACUUUAAGGAUUGUGGACAGGAUAUGUUUGUUACUAGAUCAGAAAGCUGACAGGCCUAACAAUAGUCAGCUAGCUAAGGAGCGUUGGAUUAAUCCAUGAAAUGAAGUUAUUUUCACCUAAAUCUUUUGCCUGAAAGUAUAACCACAAACUGGUGACAUCAGAAAUAAUGAUCAAUCCUGUAGUAGUAUACUUUAUAGACAUUAUUACAUCUGGGGUAGAUAGAUUCACUGCCACUCUUGAUCUAUAAUUGGAGAUCUAAAGGGCCAUGGCGCAGCCCUAAACUCCACAGACAGAACCUCGUGCCAAAGUAAAGGUGGCAGUGCCAGCCCAGCUGUAUCUGCUCUGUGGUAGCAUCAGGCAGAGGGCAUGGAGCCAGUCUCCUUCAGACAGAUGAUGCUGAGCAGCUGAUUAGACAGGGCUUGAAGAAAACUGAAGCUCACGCAGCAUGCAAAUGACCGGCCUGUAAUGAAGAAGAGGUGGAGUGGUGAAAAUCAUCGCAGCAUCCUGAAAAACACAUCAGAGUACAUUACGGGUGGUGAAAUUGCAAGAGGAAGGGUGUUAUUAAAGUAAUAUUCACUUUGUCUCAGCAGCCGAAAGAGCCGAUACAGGAAAAUAUUCAUAGGCCAGGAAUUUGUGAACACCUGGGCUUAGUGCCAGCUGCUCAUUGGAGGGCUGACAGGAAAUUAGUCACAAUUAGGAUGGUGACCUGCUCCACGGACAACAAUAAACUGUAGUAAAGGCUGUUUGGGAAGCAGGCAGUGUUUAAGUUCUUUUUGAUAUAUGGAUCUAUCAUCUAAAGUUUACUAGCAAAGUUUUAAUGACGCUCAUUUAUCUAACACCUAAAAUGUUUCUGCAAAUCAACUGGGAGACAAAGGGAAAUAUCAAUUUGGAUCUUAAAAAAUCUUUAAUUCGUGUUCAAAAGUUCAAGAUUCUGAAACAUCAACACCCUGGCACUUGAAUAGAGAUCUGUGGUGACAGUCAGGGGGAGUGCCAGUUCUUGUAAUUGUGCUGAGAGUUGGGGUAAAAUAUCACAUAACACCAGGCUGACCCUUUAUCAUUUCUAAUGGGAGUUAUUUUGGGGUCUAGCCUUUUAAAAAAUCACAGUUCUGUUCAUUUUCUGCACAUUAAACAGUUUCUGUAGGUGGACUGGAUCGCUUAUCUGUACAUCCCUGGGGGUAAUUAUGCAGAAUUAACUCUGCUCCGUGCUGCCUGACACACUUUCUCAUAUAAAUCCUGAGUUUGCUCAUUUUACUGGAACUGAACCUCCUAGUGUUCGGACGGAGGAGUAACGAAUCAAAGUUAUGAAACACUGUAGAGACAGAUUAGAGAGAAACUGAGAGCAUUUGAAACACAACAUAUCAAAAUUAACGCUUUAAAGGGAUAUUCCGGCGUAAAAUUAAGUUAGGGUCAAACACGCCGUAACACCGUCGAGAGUUGAGUGUUGCAGACCACUUGCUUCUCUAGUUACACUGACUUAAGUAACAACCGCACAUUAGCAAUACACAACGGUCCCAGGAGCCACAUGCUUAACCAAAACGCCACUCUAUAGACACAAAUAAUGCUCAGAACAGCACUUAACUUCAUCAACAGUACGUAGAGUGUCACAGUCACAGUACUAGCCACCAAACAUCUUUUUAGCUUUGCCUAAUUUCUUUAGCAAAGAGACUAAACACAACUCACCUACUCUCCUCCAGCAGCCGCUUGUUUGUAAGGAGACCUCAGGCGAGUCCAUCGACUGCAGAACAUUUAUGAUCAUUUCUUUAUCAUUUCCUUGAAGUAACAAUCAUCAUAAUAAUCAUUUUGCUCUGCAGACGCGGUAGUUCUUCUGCCCUAGCGUCUCUGUCUGAUUGCAUUUCAAUGAAGAAAUGAUCAUAAAUGUUCUUCCUUGAGCUGCGUCACCCCGUGCUAUGGCUGGGACCCUAUAUGUACUGUUGAUGCAGUUAGGUGCUGUUCUGAGCAUUAUUUGUGGCUAUAGAGUGGCGUUUUGGUUGAGCGCGUGGCUCCUGUGGACCGCUGUGUAUUGCUAUCCUGCGGUCAUUACUAAAGUUGGUAUAACUAGAGAAGCAAGCAGUCGGCAACAUUCAUCUCUCAACCAGAUGUCUAACUCGGUGUUAUGGUGUGUUUGACCCUAAAUUAAUUUUACGCUGGAAUAUCCCUUAAAAUGAGCCAAGUAACCUUUUUUUUUGGGUUUGAAAUCAUUUGUUGUUGUCAAGUGGACGACCAUCAGAAUGUCAGAAAUUGAGUCUCAAAGUAUCCAGUCAAAUCUGUUUUAUUUUUCUACCGUGAGCGAGCACUUUAGCAGCAGUGUUGAGGAAAAACCUUCGAGUAGGACCAGGCAUAAGAAUGGAGAGCUGUCUGCCUUGACUGGAUGAGCCAGCUGUUAGGACAAUACCAUUAGUGCAUACCUUCAUUUCAAAAUCCAAACUAUUCCUCAAGGGUUAAAGUGAUUCCUAAAAUUAAAUACUGCAUAAUUGCAAAAGAAAAAAAAAACAUUCAUAAGGCUUCACCGAGUCUUCUUCCAAGUUUGCGUCUAAAGGUAGCAUCCUGCAGAAAUAACCUACAUAACAGGGUGGUAGAAGCCGACUCCACAAAUAAGGAUCCCGCUCUCCUUUACUGAAAUGUUUUUUUAACUUUGAGUAGAUACUCAAAAGGGCUGAAGGCAUCACAGAUCUAGUCAGUCUUCAUUGCUGCUGUGCAGAAACUCUAAACACUCAUCAAAGCUGUUAGGAGACACAGACAGCAGCAGCACACGGGGAGCAGCCGGCAAGGAGCGGGAAGCUUUAGUGAUGAGCAGAGAGAGUGGCGAGAGUACACACACACACACGCACAUAACACGCACACACCCCACACACAGACACUUCAUCUUCCAAUACAAACAAUCAGGAUUACAGUGCCCACCCAUGCAAGCAGAGUCAUCCACACAGUAGUCUCACACACACACCCGUCAUGAAGAGUGCUGUGGACCUCACUCUUUCUUUAUGCUGUUCUUUCAUUCAGGCUUUUGAACUCUUACUUUUUGGUCUAAUGAUUGAUUAAUCUGCGCUGUGUGAGAAAGAUGCACAUACCAUGCAGGGUAAGCCUGAAUCUGCCUCUACUUUUAAAAAUGUAUAUUAUCUUCUUUGAUUUUCUCUCCAUCUCUUUAAAAUCUUUAACCUUUUUGUUGUUUGUGUGCAAACUGAAAAACACAUGGCUUUGUGUAUCUUCAUUCAUUCAUUCCUGUGAUGUGUUUGUAACCAGGCUAAAUGAACCAUUAAUGUUGGUCGUUUGUCUCCUCGGACUUUGAGAAAUUCAGUAGCAGUGAUGUUGAACGCCGCCAAGAUGACUUAAUUAUACCAAUGUUUUCUACGUCUGUCAAUUCAAUCGCUGCUCGAUGGAUCUUCCAUCGAUUUUAAUGUACUGCUCAAUAACUGUUGGCUCCUUCAAACAGUGUUGUGGUUUCACUAGGCGGUUGUAGUGGCAGACACAGAGUUAGAGGCACAGACGAUGAUUUUUUUCCUUCUCUCCCUCUGAAGAUUAGAGCGUACAACCGGAGAACUAUUUUCAUCAGUGGGAGUCAUUUCUGCUGAGCUGGCACUUUUUUUUUUUCCCUCAUAUGUUGCCAUGGAAACGUCUCCCCAUUUUAUGGAGUGAGUGUGUAGAAGGAUCUGCGAUCUUUAAGGGGCCCAAGAGUGUAAUAUGUGCUGCAGUGGAAGGUUGCUACUCAUGUUGAGCUCAGGAUAUCGUCGAACAGAGAAAAGGAAAGACGGAUGGAGUGUAUGAAAUAUGUGUGACAUUAAAACACUCAUGAAAUAGCAUUAACCAUUAGUACCAGCUCUGUCGAAAAAACAUCUUUAGAGCUCUAGAAAAGGGCUGUUUCCGGGCACAUUUCUUCUGUGAUUCAAAAAUGCACUAGGAAAUGAUGGGAUACAAUAUGAUACCAUACAAUUUCACACAAUACAAUGACAUAUGAUGCAAUACAAUAUGAUAUGAUUAUGAUAAGUUCUGAUAUGACACUAUAUCAAAACCAAUAUAUGAUACAGAUACCGAUACCGAUCCAAUUUACCAUGCUUGGUUUAUUUUACCAAUUUUAUCCAUAAGUAAAGUAAUCCGGUUCAUGUACGAGCUUGAGAGAGAUUGCUUCACAAUUGCCCUAAAAUUUUAAUUUGCGAUCUUUUUCUUCUGCCUUCUUUCCUGCCUUGCGCCUUCUCAUUUAUUUCCUGUUUUAAUGAUACACAUGCUUUUAUCUUGAAAGGACACCGGUAGGGCUGGGCGAUAAACCGAAAAUUUACCAAUACCGAAAUUUACGACAAUAACCGACGUCAUUUUGCCCAUAUCGGUAUAUUCCGUGUCAAAAAAAUAAAUAAAUAAAAGUUGGUUUUGGAUGUGUGUAGGUAGGCUACGGUCUCAUGUCCCUGUCCUACGUCAGAGACAUGACUCCACCCGCUUUCCCUCUUUGUUACAGACUGGAUGGGGUGGAGUUACGUCUCCGUCCUCACCCAGUCUGUAACAAAGAGGGAAAGACAGGUGAGGAGAUGGAGGAUGGUUCAAAAGUUGUAGCGGCUGAAGUAGACGAAGUUAAUAUGGGAGGGGGUGAGCAGCUUGUGGAGUAGUUAUCGUCCAGUUAUCAUUAUCGAGGUGAACUGCUCAAUAUAUCAUGAUAUUGAUUUAAGGCCAUAUCGCCCAGCCCUAGCCACAGGUAUAAAUAGACAAUUACUGUGAUGUGGAUUUGAUGCUUGAGUUGCGUGACUGUAAACAUGUAUCUUGAAAGGCCAUGUGACUCAAACCAGCUACCUGUCGUUAUCUGUAAAGCUUGUUUUUUUGGAGCAGAAUCACAUUGUAAAAAAGACACAAAAUCCUUCCCCUGUGCUGCGUUUUCCCUGUAAUUCUGCUAGUGUACUAAAUCUCUCUUCAGGGACUCAAAUCCAAAUUACAAAACACACAACAGAUUUUGCUUCAUUCAGCUUGUUCAGAGAGUGUGUUUGGCUUUACAAAAAAAAAAAAAAAAAACGACUUCCAGGAUGAAGACCAACUGGUUUAUUCGGCAAAUGUGCAGCAGUCUAACUCACCCGCUUUUAACGAAGGAUGUGCACAGCUGCCUUUCUUGUCUUGUUCACAAAAUACUCACCCAUGAUGACUUUCUAACAGAGAUGUCCAGAUUAAGGCUUUUUGAAAAUAAAUUGCAUUUCAGUUUUACUUAAAAAAAGAAAAAAUAUAUAUAUGUGUAUAUAUAGGGCGUCUCAGGAAGAGCAACAGUUCCCUUUCUCAGGAUCCAUAGACUCUCAUAGAUUUUGAUGUACAGCACUAAGGAGUGUACAAAUUAUCUGCACAUAUCGCAGAAACUGAACGUUUUUCUGGAAACAUCUGGGAUCUGAGAGAGGCCUCUCCUUUGGAUAUAUCAUUUUGUGUUAACUCAUAGUUUUUUCUGUUUUUGGUGCAUAUCUUUUGUUUUAGUCAGCGGUUCAGAUAAGAAGGAUGUUUUAUGGACUGUACUUCUAGUCUUCCUACCAGUUUUUACCCUACAUAUCACAUUCACUCUUCUGCCAUUUACUAUUGUUGUUCGCAUCUUUAUAAAAUUCAUUCACAAACGUUCAGCAGACCAGUGGUUAUGCCUGAGGGGAACAAGAGUUUCAAAGUCUAAUUUGGUUUUUUGUUUGCACUCUUCAGUGUUCUCUCUUUUUGUUCCAGCGAAUUUUUGCACAGCACAAGCUGUUCAGUGCUUUGAAACAACUGGCUCAUGGGCAUAUGCUCUGCAGGUUGUUUAAUUGGACCUUUUAUCUUCUCCGUGUAGAUGAGGGCUCAGGGUUCAAAGUAGAAAACUCUGCAUGACCAGUUUUUUACUCUUAAGUGGUCUCAUUAGGAUUAUUUCAAGUUCCAUAUUCUAAAUGAGAAUUUUCCAAACUUGUGUUUUCUCUUUGGAUGAAUUCAAAUUUUAAAAACUCAUUUUCUGUCUCUCCGGAGCGCUACCUUCACAUAUUAUGACCUCAUCAUCAUAUUUAGAUAUUCUUUCCAAAUGUGUGACUCACAUAUAGCAGCUAAGUUGCUCUGCCCCACUCACUUAUGUGGAGGUGGUAACUGAGGUAUAUGGGGAGAAAAUAGUGGCAUAAGUAGUGUCAGAGCCGACAGGGCAGAACAGCUGUGUGUGUGUGUGUGCGUGCGGGCUUGUCUGGGUGUGGACAAAUGUGGAGCUUGUUUGAGUUUAGUGUGUAGUGUCAACGGGACAGUGGCAGCAAACUUUAUUACAGUGUUGUUGCAGGAUUGCAGUGCGUGAGAAGCUUGUGACAACCAUCUAGCGAUUUCAGGUUACUGAUAUAACCCCCUCCCUUAUAAGCCCUUUUUUUUUAGUUUGGCCACCUCUAAGAAACCAUCGAUCUGUGUUCGUCCUUGUUCUUCUGUGUGUAUAACCUCAUAAGGAGUUAGAUGACUUUGUGAAGUCAGAGAAUCUAAAAGCCAGAGAAACUUUGUGAAAGCCAGAAUUUAGAGCAGUAGAUUGGGAGAUAACUGAGACAUUCUGAUCUGAAUCUUCUCCCAUGUUUGGUAUGAAAAUAAAACCUUAAAGAUAUCUAGAAAUAAGAAACAGGAGCAUAUCCCGGGAUAAAAUUCGAAUAUAAACAUCUCCGUCUAAACAAAACUUGUAUCAGCAUUUUUUAGACCUCAGAGUUGGAUUUGCCCUCCAGAGAGUUUCAGUGCUCGGGGCCAGCCAGCUGGCUCCUGGUGACUCGAUGGCUCUGAUUAUUUCUGUUCAGGGAUAGACUCCAUCUCCCCAAUCAGACUCCUCUCUCUUAAUGCACUCCCCUGGCGCGUGCCGAAAAAGCUGCGUAAACUCUUUUGAGCGGGAAAGGAGUCACCUUCAGGUAGCACACGACAGAGCAUGGCUUUACUUGUUCGCCCUCCCUCCCAUCAUCCUUGUCCUCCACCUUCCUUUGCCCACCUCCUAAGCCACGUAAUCACGGUAAUGGGCUGAGAUGGCUCAGCAACAGGGAGGGACAAGGGAGGGAGGAAAGGGUGGAAGAGCGUGAAGAAGAAGAGAAAGGGUUUGAAUGAAAGAUUGAAUAAGAAAAUAAGCCAUACUAGAGGUAGUUAUGACAUAAGAUUAGGCAGAAACAAUGCAGACUCUAGCUGUAGUAUUUUUUAUUUGAACUGCUCUGUAAUUUUAAACAUAACUCCUGCAAGUGGUGGCGGACAGAGACAGAGCAAAGAGAGAGAAAUUAGCUUGACUGGGAACACUUUUCAUGAUUUUUUUUUUCUCAAAUUAACAGAUCAAGAAUCAGAUUUUGCUCCACAAGAAUUUGGCUCAAACACCCAAAUGAUCCCAUACAGUAAAAAGUGAGUCAAGAAACUAACAUAAAGAAAUCAACAUCAUCUAUUCUGAUGUGUUAGAAACUCUGUUAGGAUGUUUCCUCACGUCCAGAGGGAAAAAAGCAGAUGAUUCAUUUCAGACUGUAGACGUUUGAUUUUCACCUGCAUUAGUGAGCUGCACAUUGUUUAAUAAUUCAGUGUGGGCGUUUUGUUCUAUUGGCUGGGUGACAUUGGCUUGCAGGAGAGGCGGGUGCUGUGCGAACAGAUGCCCACACCAGCUAUGGGUAAACACAGACUCAUGCCUGAGCAUAAUUCUACCCAGGGGAGAUUUAUUUCCUCCUCCUCCUCUCUUACUCGCUCCUCAUCAUGUUAAAGUCUCUGUCCUGACAUUUUCUCGACUGCAGCCUCUCGCCUCUGUAGUUUAUCCUCGGCGUUAAUUAUCAACAUUACUCCACCUACGCACAUCAUGUCCUCAUUCUUCUUUAGUCAUAAUAUUUCAGGCUGUUAUUUAAUUGCCUCUGAGGUUGUUGUCAUGUUUUAAGUAAUUUUUUCUCCUUUUUGAAAGAUAUUUCUUCUUUUUCUGUUAUUUAUUUUCAGUUCAGCUGUCUGGACUGCUAAACAUUUUGCUUUGGUUUUGCUUCACUUCCUGACAAAGCUUAUUCAAUUUAAUGUUCACUAAUGUUUGAGGUAAUUAAGCCAUUUUUUUCUCAUUUUGAAUUCUAUUUUUAUUUCUCUGAAUCAGGGUUUUUGUUUUGUUUUGUUUCGUUUUUUUAGGUACUAGUGAAUCCACUGAGCAAUAGACGGCUAUUAGACGUCUAGUUUUUUUUUUUGGACCUAAUUUCAACCGUCUAGAUUCUGUUUAUUUUUAGACGGAAUUUAGACAUUACACUUUAACCCAUUAUUCAAUAACUAGUUAUAUCAAAAAGCAACUGUGAGUUGCAUAACUGAUCUCCUAGCACUUAACCAGAAUAAUAAUGAUAGCCAUUGAGCAAAAUACAGUGUAGUAUAGAUUUAGACUCUGUCUAAACUUGGCCUAAAUUUAGACAUCUAAAAAACUUUCAUUUUUAGACCUGUGGUAGCCUGAUUUUAGACCAGUUGUCUAGGUUACAUUUAGAUGUUAGACCCCUUUUUGACCAAAAUAUGCCCAGUAGGAAGCUUUUCCUUUCAGUUCAACAUAAACAUGACUGCAAAUUGACAAAAAGUGUUGGCGCUUGAAUUCCUGCUGCUGGCUGCAAAAAUUUACUAUUGGCGUUACGUCGUAGCUGCUAAUUUAAAUCAACAAACUUAUCCUACAAGUUAGCUAAGCUCAACAUAUGUAGCAUGCACAAGGUGGUUCUGGUUUGUAUAAAGAGGAAAACUUUGUUUAGCACACACGGACAAGUGUAGAAGCAGUCCUAGCUUUUAGCUUGUACAGUUAAGUUCGCUUUUUAAAUGUUCCUGUAAGUUUUUGUUAGCUUAGCACUAGUAUAUUAGAAGCAGUCCUAGCUUUUAGCUUGUACAGUUAAGUUAGCUUCUUUAUUGUUGCUGUAAGUCUUUGUUAGCUUAGCACUAGUCUAGUAGGAGCAGGCCUCUGUUUGUUUGCCUCUCUUUAUGUUCAGUUCAUCUGUCUCUUCAUGAUAUUUGUAAAUCACCAUCUGCGCUAAUAUUAAGAGCCAGUUUCAGUGGAGGACUUCCUGUAAGCCUGUUGGUCCCAAAACAAGAAACCACAGGACAAGUCUCCAGUUAGCUGUUGACAAAAAUGUACAACAUCUAACUUUAACAAACGAGCUGUCCUCUUUAAUUCCAGUUUAUUUGCUUAUACAAAAUUUAGUGCUACAGGGUGAUAAACUUAAUUUAUGAAUGACAGACUUAAAGAGACUGCAUAAGAGCACAGUCAGCUCAGCUGUGCUUCAGUAUGUUUAAAUUUUUUUAAUAUAAAUUGUUGUCAAACAUUUGCAGGUUUCUGUAACUAGAAUGUAAGAUUUUUCUACUUCUAUCAUUGUUAUAUAUAGUAGUGGUUCAAGAGUCUUUCGAAUUUGGAGGGUGAGAAGUUUAUAUCGUAGUUUAUACAUUAUUUUAUAGAUUAAAAAGAAAAACAUCAUUUGGGUUUGCAAUCAGUAGAUUACUUGAUAAUGAAAACUGCAGUCGCCUCAUAUUUCACUGUGAUCCUAUCAACACAAAACUUACAGAGCUGCAGCUACAAAAGAUAUCAAAAUAUUCGAUCGUAUACCAAGGUCAGGGAAAUGCAUGCUUGAAUUUUCUACAUUUCUUAAAAAGAGAGUAUUCACAUGAUCAUCAUAAACUUGUUGUCUCACGGAGUAAGUGUGUGGUAUAGACUUUAAACUGCUGUUUUCGUUACCAAGGUUUCUUGUUAUGAAGAUACACAGCUGCCGAUCCGCUGUCACACACACCAAGGUCUCGAGAUCAGCAUGUUGUUAAAAUGCGUCAGACUGAGCAGACUGUCUCCAAUGAGAGGCAUGAUUUGUGACUGUAGGAUGCAAAUGUGUAUCUUUGAAUGCCAGAUUGAUGCAGAGGGCUGUGCCUCCUCCUGGCUAUGACACAGAGGGCAUUAAUUAGCAUGUCUUUGAGGGGACAGUCUAAUCUCUGGGACACAUGGCACAUAAACCUGAGCGUCCCUUGGGGGAUCUGCUGCAAUGCUUCCUGGCAAUUAAAGGCAGGAGGGUUCUGGGGGAAAAAAGAAGAGGAAAUUCAAAGACAUUUUUAUUGUCUCUUUUAGGUCGAAAGCUUGAAAGUGCAGUUGAAUGUUUUGAAUCAGGCUUGGACUACCAGAUAUUUUUGAAGAAUUGGUUAAUUUAAACUCAGUAAUUUGAAUUAAAUACUGUCUUCAGAAAACAAAGCAAUGUUUGUAGUUUAUUUGUACAUCCUGCAGUUCAUUCUUAUGUAAGUAAUUGAGCAGAUCCAAAAUAAAUAAAGGUUCAAAAUAACAGAAUUGAUCUGACACAACAGUGGAUAACCUUCCUGAAACUCAGGUGCAUAAAUCAAGAUCAUAGUGGAGUAUGAGUACACUCUGUGUUAGCAUGAAAUCAAAGAAUCAUAGUUAAAGGGCAAAAAAUAAAAUACAAGAAAUAACAGCAUUUAAGGACAAUAAAGUUUAGGUUUGAUAAUAGGGGCUAUUGAUAUGGCAGUAAAUCUUGAAUUUGAUGAAAACUUGAAGAAUGGAUUUUGAAAGAUCCAGCAUUUGUCAGGAUCUUGUAGUGCAUUAUGGGAUUUGUAGGAUCUGCACAAAUGUGUCUAUUCAUAUUUUUAGCCUGAUCAAACCAGUAAAUCUCAAGUAAAUAUAGAAAGUUUUGGCUAAAUCAGUGAAUUCCGUUUCUGUCCACUGUUUGGUAUUACACCCGCACUUUUGUAGGAUUGUACUGCCAAAUUAAUAGAGGAAUAACAGCCUUCUCUGGUGUCUCGUUUCACUCUGAUAUAUCAAUAAAAAUUAGAAUCUCAGUUCGUUUUCCUCAUUAUGGUGUGUUUUCAUUUUAGUCUCUUUGUUUUUACUUUGGAGUUGCAUUUCAAACACAACCUUUUACAUAAUUCUCACCAGAUAUUACAUUCACAAGUAAUUUUAUUUGACUUUUAAUCUCGAUGAGGAUGUAUUAUUGAUCUACUAUCAAGAGAUCGCAAACCCUGCUUUGAUCAAUCUGACAUGAAUUAUUAGUAAUUUGUGUGAAUCAUUUACUGCAAAGUUUUCUUCAUCUUCAAAGAGCUGCUGAUAUUGCUGACUGGGUUACACAGAUCACAGCGUUUGAACCAGUUCAGAGAACUGAUGAAACCGACUGUCAUCUCUUUCUUUCUCUUUUGCAGGGAGAGCGUCAGGACUCGGACGCCGUUGAGGAAAGAAACGCUCAGGUGCAGCUGGAGAAGGCCAAGGUACCGUCUCACUGAUGCAUCAUGGGAACAUAAGAAAACCAAACCAAGCAAGGUGUCACAGAGUAAUCUUUUAACGGGACAGCUCUCAAGGAUGUAAUUACAUCACAGACAGGAAAAAGACAUCAGGACCGAGGAUUAGAGGAGGAAUAGUUUUCUAUUAAAAUGAGUCACUGUUUUCUCCUGGCAUCCUUUUAGGUUCUCUGUGUCUGGAGAGGGGUGAGGAAGAGAGAUAUUGAUUAUAGCUGAUUUAAUUUAAAUAUAUUAUAAGACUUUUUUUCAGUGGACUGAAUAAUCAGGAUGUAAUAAUAUCACAUAAAAAGACCUUACUAAAAAUUUUUAAGUAUUUUCAUACAUCAUUUGAAAUGACACAGGUACAUUUCUUUUAAUGUAUUUAAAUAUAAAGUUUUAAAGCUGUUAGAUGAUAAAAUCUAAGUCGUGACAACAUUUUUAAUCAUGUUUAAAAUUCUUUUUUUUUUUUUUAUUUCAAAACUGUUUAUCGUCCAUAUUAACAAAGUGAUACAUGCUCGUCUGAGCUCUGUUUCAUUCCCAUCGUUUCCUUAUAUAUUCUUAUUAGACUAGUUUCCAGUGUAGCAGCAGGUGAAGUGCGUAAAUCACAAGUUUAUUUUGAUUUAUUUUGCAGCACCUCAGAACCAGUGCAGUGUGAAAUAACGGGAACCAAAGGAGAGAGUUAUCUGUCAAUAUUCAUUCCAGCUUCUCGUCUAUUGUAUCCCUGCCCCACAUACACGGAGUAUAAACUUCACUGAGCUCUUUAUUGAGCUCCGUAAACUGCUGCUGAGGGAUCCCUUAUGAUCACAAUCAUAACAAAAAGUCAAACAAUUUGUGUUUACUAAUGCACAAAAUUGAAGUUUGGAGCCUAACGUGAAGCCAACUUUUUCAACUUUGAAGCUUCAAGUGCAUCAGAAACAGUCUGCGCUGUGGUGAGAGGGGAGACAAACCUUUCUCUGUGGGAAGUAGGGCUGUCAAGAUGUUAGAUAUCCCAACACUGAAGGUGUCACAAUAAUUUGAAGACUUAUUAUAUAACAACCCAAGAGAACAACCUGAUAAACUUAACCAAUACUGUCAUGUCAUAAUCCAUUUCUAAUGAUGUUCAGAUUUGUGAUUUUUCCACAUCAUCAGCCCUGUGACUGAAACUUGUUUGGAGAAGAAAUACCUCAGAAACGAUUGUUUGUCAUGCUUUUAUUUUGAAAUAUGCACAGGUAGCUUUAAUUCCCGCAUUGUAAAUACACGCUUGGCUUGAGUUUAUUUUAUGAGGUGGCUCGGAGUAUAUUAAGCUUCCUGAGCUGCCAUACAAACAGUUCAGGAAAAGUUAUCAUUGUUACAGCAUUAAGAAGCAAGGGUAACACUUUACAAUAACAAUAAUUUAUACAUGGUGAAUAGAUAGUUUAUUAAUGUUAAAUCACCAUCUAAAAACAGCAUAUAGACCAAUUAUAAAUGGCAAAUAGUUCAUUAAUGUAAGUUAGUAGUUACUUUACCAUUAACUAGCAAUGAAAUUAUGAUUAAUAAUUUCAUUAAAUUAUUUAUAGACUAUGUAUGAAAGGUUUAUAUAGGGUUUAAAUAUUAGUUGUAAAACAUCUAGAUUAAAAUGUGUGUCAGUAGCACUUUGUAAAUGGUUAAUAUUUGGUUUUUGAACCAUCUAUAAACAUCACUUAGAUAGUUAUUGUAAAGUUGCAACUGAUGUUUGUAAUACUUUGUAAAUGAUUAAUAAUUGUUUUAUAAACUUCCUAUAAACAUUACUUAGAUGGCUAUUGUAAAGUUAGGGUUAGGGUUAGGUUUUUAAGAUUGUAAAAUUUACAAUUUAUUAAUGGUCUUUACGCUAUUUAUAAAUGAUGAUUUAACAUUAAUAAACCACCUGCUUACAAUUUAUAAACAGUCUAUUUACCAUUUAUAAGAUAUGUUUAUUGUAAAGUGUUACCAAAGCAAGUGAAGCUGAGGUAUGACAACCUCCGACUUUUUACCAGGUCAGCUCUGAUUAAUAAUGGCCUCUGUACAUGAAGAGUGUGUGGUAUCAACUUUAAUAGAAGUUAUUACACAACUUUAUGAAAGUCUCACACAUAAUAUCAAAGUCAUCCCUUUUUUUCUCCUUAUGAACACCAACUGCUGAUGCCCGUCCAGUUGAAUAUUGAAUUAAAUCCUCCCCCGCAGAUAUAAUGUGCCCCCACUGCUGCUUUGUAAUUAAGGCGGCGGGCACAGUCGUCCUAUCCCCCGCUGACCCUGCGGUCGCUCUCACAGUCUUGUCUUCAAAGUGGAGUAAUUAGCAGCUUGAUCUGCAUGUCGCUGACAUUUGACUCUGAUCGGAUUAUAACUCCAGCAGGACGCACACGGGAGCGACUGUGCGGCAAAAUGGAAGCUGCAAGAUGUCGUUUUCACAGUUUGUGGUUUGAUUCUGCAAAGUGGGAAACACAAACUCGUACAUUAACGUCGUUGUUACAGCUCCUCUGCUCUGUUUUAAGAUAUUUUGUCAGUAUGUAGCUGAAUAACGAAGCUUAUUUCCUCAUAUGUAAGGCUCCUACAAUGCACAGAAUUCCCCCCAAAAUAUUGGAAUGAUUAGAUUUAAUCUAAAUGAAUUAACUAAGGAAAACAAAGAAAUCUAUCUGAACUAACAGAGGGCAAGUGAAUUUGCUUAAUCAAAAGAACAUCAUUGAAUAUCUUCUUCUUUUUGAUUUAUCGUCGUUGUCCUGAUAUGUUCUUGUUGGUUUAGUGUGUUCAUAUGUUUGUAAUUCAAGUGCAUUUUCCCUGUUGUUCCUGUGUCCCUGUGUUUAUUAUUUUUAUGUUCUUAUUUUUUUCACCGUUUGGUUUCUCUGUUCAGUUUUCAGAGUUUGCCAUCUUGUUUUUUAGUAGCCAAUCCCUGUGUGUCAAGUCUGGUUUUAACUUCCUCCGUUUUCCCUCUUUGGUUAGACACUCACAAGUCAUACCUGUGUCUCGUCUGUCUCACCUGUUGCUUGUUUGUCAGUGUGUCUACAUAGUCCCUGUCUUGCCCUCUUUCUUUGCGUCAUUGUUCAUUGUCCAUGCGUUGAACCCUACCUUAUGUCCUUGUGAUUUCCCAGUGUCUUUUGUUUUUUGGGAUUUUUUGCUUCUAGUGUUUUUAGAUUUUUCUGUUGAAGUAAGUUUUUGUUGUUUCUAGUUUAGUCUUUUAUUAAAUUAAAAGAAACAUGAAAGUUAUAAUCUUUUAAAAUCAUUGUUUUUGCACAUUAGGCUGUUCAGUGAAAUAACUGUCAGCAAAAGUUGAUAAAUCUUUCUGCCAUAAUGUAGGGUGACUGUACGUCCUCUUUUACCCGGACAUGUCCUCUUUUUGGGGGGCUGUCCAGGCUAUCCUGCCUUGUCCAGGGGAGUCUAUAAAAUCCUUCAAAUGUGCUGGGGUUUGUAUGGAAGUUUUGAGUUUGUGUCCCGAGUUACUGAGUUAGAAGUGCGCAAAAAACCCGAAAAACUCUCAAAGUUUGCCACGCCCAACUCCGUGACUCCGCCCCCCACAUAGUCGUGUCCCUUUUUUGGAGAUUGAGAGUAUGGUCACUCUACAUAAUGCCCACUUUUUUUUACUUUAUGACUUGUGUGCACUUACAUAAAUCUUAGUAGCUUCAACAACCUCUUAGUUUGCUCAGAUCAUCAAAUUUCAGUGACUGUGUUGGAUUCUAACAGCAAACUGAAUAAGGUGGAGGGAUAUAAUGUUCAGUGUUGAUUUUGCAAUAAGGUCGUGCAAAAGUUUAAUAUAUUUGUUUCCAGAGUCUUGUAUUGAUUUCACUGCCCUUCACGUUGAUCCGUCAAAACAAUUACAGGCGUACAUUUAUUUCUCUUAUAUUACCAUCACUGUUCUGCUAGUAAGCUGGCUCCUCAACCCUCAAGCUGCCACCUGAGAGAUAGAGAGAGCAGCGAUGGUUGAAUGACUUUGGAGGAAGUUAAAAGAGCGAGUGCUGGCAAUGAAAUCAAAGCAGUUAGAGAGAGAAUAAAAAUGUUAGAUGGGUUCUGCUUUAAAGAAUUCGUAAACACGUCCUCAGCUUUGCAGAAAUGUUGAAGAGAGGCUGAAAAUAUUUGGUAUGCAGCCGCUCUUCUCUCUGUCAUACCUGCAACUACAAAGACAAAUGGUGUGGGGUUUGUUGUGUCUCGUUCAGAUACACAGAUUCAGUCACAAGUUUGUUUGUUGCAGUCAAAGAGUACAAAAGAAACAGCUUUUUCACCUAUAAUUGCAUUUUCCCAAAUAAGUCGUUUUUUUAUUGAGCCCAGACUGAAUUUCUUGUUCUCCAUAACUUUAACUGUGUUCAUUGUAUCAGCAUAACCUUUUUCUUUAUUCCGCAAGAGUAAGUUUUAUUUUGAUCUAUUUCUCAAAUCGAUCUAAAUGAACCUUAAUGCUGUGACUUUAAAGCUUUAAUGGCGACCUGUAGAGCUGUUUGAGAUCAUUAAAGCAGAUUGAAAAGCAAAAUGUGUUUCAGAAAAUUGUACGCAGGCUUACAUCUAUUUUUCAAGGGUGUAAACGUAUUGAUGCAGCAGGUUAGUGCUUAUAAUUGUGUGCAGGGUUGUAAAUUCAUUAUAAUACAUGUUAUCAAGUGCAAUCAAGUAAAAUUAAAAACCUUGGAGAACUUGAAUUCAGGGUUAAACAGGUGGAUAUGUUCGCUAUUAAAGCCUCAAACUAACAUUGUGACUUCUUAGAACUAAAGUAUCAUUGUCACAAUAGUAGUUUCUGAUAUCUGUAAGGGGGUGUGUGUUAGAGCCGAUGAUCUACUUCUUCCUGCAGAAACAGCCUUUUUAUCGCUAAUUCUCCAGCAAAUGUUCACCGUAAUGCAAGUCAUUAUAAAACGACAGAAAAUAUGGAUUUGUCGGAAAACUAAAGAGACUAAAGAAAAAGUUCCUCACGGGAAAUCUAACAUUUUAUAGCAUAAUUAACAUGAUUAUGAACAUCUGUUUCGUGUCCACAGUACAAGCCCGUGGCAUUCGCAGUACGUUGCAACUUCUCUUAUACGCCAGCAGACGACGACAACGUUCCUGUGCCAGGCCAGGCGGUCACCUUUGAGGCCCGAGACUUCCUGCACGUCAAAGAGGUCAGAAAAAAGGAAUCAAAACUCUGAUACCCUAUACAAAAAUAAACACUAGAUAUGAACAUUUAAAGUGAGAGUUUUUUUUUCUUUGGAUCGAGCAGAAGUUUAACAAUGACUGGUGGAUCGGACGGCCGGUGAAGGAGGAUGGUGUGGUGGGCUUCGUCCCCAGUCCAGUCAACCUGGAAACAAUUCUCAUCAGGAGAGAAGUCCAGGCCAGAAAAGCUGCCAAGGCCUUAGCCAAGUAUGUGCAGAAGGUUUCCUUUUUUUUUAUUAACCUUGUAAUAAUCUUUAUUAGUCCAGAGCAAAUACAAACAUUUCUAAAAGUUACUGCAGUUUGGAGUGUGUAAGCAGGACACACACACUCUCAAACACACUGAAUCAAGAUCAAGUCGGUUAUAUUUUUACAGUCAGAAAUCAGGAACAUGCCUCGAGGGGCUGUAAGAAGGUACUGACAGUACCAGCUUUCAUUUAAGUGUUGAAACAUGAAACAGAGAAAGAAAAAAGAGCAGCGUGUCGAGCAGACUGAGCAGAAAAACCAAAGACAUGAGGCUCUGAAACGCAACACGACUAUCCCAGCGCUUUGACAUAUUUUAGUUUUAUUAUGACAGUAAAUCGGCAUCAGCAUUUUAAAAAAGCACUUCUUGAAUAUGUGAACUAGUUAGAGAUUUAAAACAGGGAAGCAGGAGCGUAAUCCUUCUCUUCAGUUAGCAGGUUGAUUGUACUUUAUCAGAUUGGCAUCUCUUACACUUAUUUUUACUUGACCCAGUAAAACUGAAUGUAGAGGAUCUUGAAAAUGUGGCUUUAGUGGGAACUGUUUGCUGAAUCGCUCAAAGGGAUUUACCCUCUAAGCGCUCUGAAGCUGUGUCUUACAAAAGCAGUCUGAGAGCACAGAUUAUUCUAUAUCACAGACACAUACGACUCUAUUUUCACCACGGCUGAAGCUAUGAAAUCUACACCUUGUCUUAAGUAGGAAAAAGAUCUGAGCUUGUGAUCUCUUUUUUUUUUAGCAAAGCAGCAAAUCAAGCAGCUCAAGAUAUGAACUCAAAGAAAUACACUCCUCCAUCACAAGGUCAGUGUACGGUGUCGAAGCAUUUUGUGUUUCUGAUCAUCUGUGAUCAAACAUCUGAUUUCUCUCAUCUUUACAGCCAAUCAGCAGGUGAAAAAGAAACCGGUAAGUGUCUGAUUGUUGCUGUUUUGUCAACAGUUCUUCAAACAUAUUGUUUGUUAUUCGAUGUCCAUAACUUGAGCUUUUCGGUGUGAUCAGGGGGAGCAGGUGGCCAUGUAUGAUGUAGUGCCGACAAUGCGUCCUGUGGUACUAAUGGGACCGUCACUGAAGGGCUUAGAGGUGAGUCUGCCUCACAGUCUUUUAUUUGAGCUCUGAAAAGUUGCCUUUCUCAUGUAAAGUUGAAGAAUCUCCUUUACUGUGCAAUUCCAGGUUACUGAUAUGAUGCAAAAAGCACUAUUUGACUUUUUAAAACACCGAUUUGAAGGCAGGUAAGUUCUGUAUCAGCUCUUCGGUGUCUUCUCCUUUAUGUUGAAUUAAAAUACAAUCAAGUCACGGCUGCGUGUUUUCCCUCUCUGCUCUCCAGAAUCACUAUUACACGGGUCACAGCGGACAUCUCUCUGGCUAAACGGUCCAUCCUCAACAACCCGGGCAAAAAGGCCAUAAUGGACCGGUCCAACACCCGCUCCAAUUUAGGUACACCCCUUUAACAUCCCAUCCAGAAGCUGGGAAUCAACUCAAAUGAUUUCAGGCAAUUAUUCAUCUGUUAAAGAAGAGGUUCAACAUGUUAGUUUGUUUGAGAUAAUCACAUAAAGUUGGACUGAAGUAAGUCUUAAAAUAACUUCUUGUAAUUGUCUUAGCUCUCUGGGACUCUGUGUGUUCUCCCUUGUGGUAAAGCUCACCCACUUUAAACCCUAAUUGGGUUGAACCAGCUACAAAAACUGUCUGAGACGGGUCAGAAGUUAUUGUGACAAGCUUUUUUUCUUUUUCCAAAUCUAAAAGGAUGAUAUUAGAAAUAUUAGUAUGCCUGGAUAGAGGGGCAAUAGUUUGACAUGUUGGGAGAGAGACUCAAUGUCUUGUAUUAUUUUACUUCUUGGGGGUUGAGCAGAUUCCUUUAAAUGUUUUUACUAAAGAAAGACGAAGUAGUGAGUGAGGGAUAAUGCUCAGAGAGUGGGUGGUUAUGCAAAAUAGACUCCUGGCAAACUAAACAUGCAAGUUGGUUCUGGGUUUUCGCUUAAAAUAUUAUUUCUAAUUGGUUUAAAAAUGACUUCUUUAUGCAGUAAUAAAAAUAGAUUUGGUUGUAGUAGCGCUAACGUUUUCCUGAUCUUCUCGUGGAAUAAGUUAAAGCUCCUAUGAGGAGUUUUUUGACAUUCAUGAAUUAGACUGAAAUUCAUACGAAUGCCUUUUUAUAAUGAACCAAAGCGAACAAGAUCAUCAGAGACAGGAUCAGUUGCCAUCAUCUCUUAAAUUUAUGUAGGAAUACAUCAAAUGUAGUUUGUUCCCUCUGUGAGCAGUCAGUCUACUAACCUAAGCUUCAGGUUUAUCUUACAGUUUUAAGGUAAAUGAUCCAAAUCAAAUAAUUUAGCAGAUAAUCGGGAAAUUCCUAGAUCUACAUCUGAGACAGAUUAAGAUUGGUAAAGAUUGUUGCUAAAAUGCUCACUGGAAACACUGGUGGGAAUCCCCAGUCUUUACCCUGGUAAGAUUGCAGUGAGCUAAGCCGCUGUGUCCUGUCUUUCUCUCAAAAUAAGAGGAUGGGUAUGAAGGAAAAAGGGGGAAAAGAUUUACUUGGUUUUCUUUUUACCCUUGUCUCUCUCAUUGCUCUCUCAUCCCAGAUUCUGCCGGUAUGUAUGACUGAAAGCACUGGUAGUCCGUGUCUGUUUGAACACUCCACCUUCCUUCAUUUCUUCCUUCUGUCCUUUUUCUUCAUCCCAUGUCAGAAACAGCCGCCGCUGUUUGAUGUGUGAGCGUGCAAAAGCUCCGACACAUGCAGAUGUCUCCUGAUGUUUGUUUGUUUAGUGAGACGUUGAAGACAUUAUGCGUGAUUUUGUUCAGUGUUAUGGUAGAAUGUCUCCCUCUAGUGGUCAAUCUUUACAUUACUGCUGUGAGUGUAAAUUAUUCUGGUUUCUUUAUUAAUUAGUAACUCAACCUCAAGAUUGAUGUUGUCUUAUUUAUUACACAGCUUUAAUUCUAUGUGAUGGUUGAAGUUUUCUGUGUUUUGAGCUUUUCUCCAUUUGUCUUGAGUUACUCACAAGUCUGCACUUUUAACUGUUAUUUGAGCAGAUGGUUUUGUUGUGAUUUUUUGUCUUUUGUGUUGAAUUGUGAUACAAAUAAAAUCUCCACUGAAUGUUUUUUUUUUUUUAAAUCUUCAUAUUUCAUGUAAAUUUUUGUUCCCACCUUAACCCCAGGUUUGAAUAUGAAACCUUCAAAAUAAAAGACAUCUGAUUGGAUCCUCUUAACAGCGAUUAAUUUUUUACAAAUCAGUGGAGAUGGAAUAAAAAUGAUGAUAAAAUCUCACACAACAACAAAAUAGGAACGCUAUGUUGCAUAUAUCUCAGACAGGAAGUCUUUGUCUUUGAAACCAAAAUUCUGAGUCUGUGAAACCUGUGACUGUGUUUUUAAAUGUUCAGAAAAUUAAACAAAGACAGCUGGUGUUUUUCCUCCAGCUCAGGACACCAAUUCAGGGUUUUUCUUCCUCCUCUAACAGCUCAGAUCCAGGGAGAGGUGGAGCGAAUCUUCGAGCUGGCCCGCAGCCUUCAGCUGAUAAUACUGGAUGCAGACACAAUAAACCACCCUAUCCAGGUGACCAAAACCUCCCUAGCUCCCAUCCUGGUCUACGUCAAGAUCUCCUCACCAAAGGUAAACCUCUCUGUGAAAUACCCUACAACUACAGUUUAUUUUGUGACCCGGAUCAGCACCUUUAUUUUACAUAAAGUAUUUAUCUUCUCAGUAUUGAGCACACUUUAACUUAUUCCGUUUCCUCUCUUGUUGUGUAGGUGUUGACUAGACUGAUCAAGACUAGAGGGAAGUCCCAGACCAAGCAUCUCAAUGUUCAGCUGGUGGCAGCAGAUAAGCUCGCCCAGUGCCCCCCUGUGAGUGCCAUCUAGUGGCAACUGUGUGAUAUGAGUGCAGUGUGUGGCAGUUUUCAAGAUUUAAGAUUCAAAAUUUGUUCAUUGUUAUGGGCAUGUUAAGCAAGGUCAACAAUGCAAUGAAAUGCCCUGGAUGAGAGGACUGUUCCACUCUAAGGAGUACAGAUAAAACACACAACAAGUACUGGAGGGAUACAAUAAAAUAAGGAUACAAAAAAAUAUAUAGAAAGGACGAAUAAAAGUUUAAGAGAAUUAUUUACAAAGUGCACAAGUGAUGCCGUAGGUGCUGAGUGUGAAUGUGUAAUGGAAGAUGGGAUAAGUAUGAAAAUGACCAUAUUGCACAUGAUAGAUAAUGGUGUAUGAAUUACUGCAUUGCACAUGGUACUGCACUAUCACAGAUAAUAUUGAGUAUUGUCCGGUGGUACUGUCAGGAGUUUAGUGAAGGAACUGCAUGUGGGUAGUAACUGUUCUUCAGUCUUUUAGUACCUUGUUAUAUUGAAUAAAGAGAUUGUUAUAUAUUUUUGUGUUUAAUAUCAUCUGAUGAAAAAGACCAGAGUAUAUAACUCAUAGUUUCUCUGCAGGGGUUGUUAUGUAACAUAGUUAAUACUGGUUUUGCUGAAUCCCGUAUUUUUCAGACCUCAUGUAUUUUACUUUUUUACUUUAUUGAGACCAACAAAUUUAAGGUCAAGACAGGAAGGACGACAUUGAAACAGCGUCGGGACGUCCCUUUUGGGAAAUAAAAGCCACCAAAGACAUAAUAAACAGCAGGACAGAAUCAAUACAAAAGGGGAAAGUAUUUUUCUCAAUCAAAUAAAAAUUUAAUGGAGGUGUCCUUGCAUGACCGUGGUGUUGUUAAAACUCUGUCUGAGGUCGUACUUUAAUACAUAUAAACGAUAUCUGAGUUAGCGUUAAGGACGUCUGGAGCUCGUCUUCAUAUUUCUCGGCGUCUUUCUCAUUUGAAUCUCAUUUCACUUCCUAAUCACUGAAUUCCUUGAUAAUAAGAAGACGUCUUUACUUCCUCCUCCACUGUCCUUCCUGUCUUGUAGGAAAUGUUUGAUGUCAUCUUGGACGAGAACCAGCUGACUGACGCCUGUGAGCACAUUGCGGAUUAUCUGGAGUCUUACUGGAGAGCUACACACCCACCAGAGAUGGAGCCUGGUAACGCGCUGGUGGCCCAGCUGGCUGAGAACACACUGCCCACCAACCCAACAGGAUUACAGGUACAUUAGUUACAGAGAGAUAUAUAAGAACACAGUGUUAGCAGUAAUAAAUGACUCAGUAUCAUUUUCAAAGCUGUCAUAGUGUCACUCCAUCCCACCCAUCCCAUCUGCACAAAGAAUUUGCCGACUGUGGAAAAAUAACACCUUUUGCACGGUGAAUUACAAGCUCAGCAGGAAUGCUUUUAUAGACAGAGAGAGAUCAGAGUGUGCUGUUUAUUUGUUUCCAUCUAACAUUUUCAUUUCAUCUCUCCUCAUCCCACUCCUCUGGAAAGUUGAGGAAAUGAGAUAGGUCUACCUCUGGUGAGUGAGAUGCUUUUCAAGUCUGCUUUAGCUGAGAUUUUUUUCUUCCAUCCUUUGUAGUGAUGAGUUUUAGUCGUGCCUACAUGAAACUUCAGCGUGAAAUGAAAAUGAAGGGAAUCUUUUUUCAAGAUACAGUUGGAUUUGAAUAUUUUUACUGCUUGCAAACAGUUCGGGGGUUGAAAAUUGUCACAGUGGCUCCAGGGUUCCUACACAGUUGGAAUUUCCAUACUUUUCCAUACCCUACUUUGUAGAAUUAUUUUUGGAAAUACCUACUCUCUAUUUUAGAAAACAGUAUUUAAGAACUGUGGUAAUAGUAACAUAUUUUAUUUUUUAAUUUCCAUACUUUUUAAGACCUGGAAAUUGAAUUUCCAUACUUUUCCAUGCUUUCCAUACUUGCAUAGGAACCCUGUGGCUCUGAAGUAGAUCGAUAUCGGCCUCUUACAGAUGUUAUAGGUGAAAUGUUGUUAAUAAGAACCUGCCUCUUUGGGAACGAUAGAGAAUAAGUGAUGGGGAAAACUUAACUUAUGGUCUCAUGCACAGAAUCUCCAAACACUUAUGAUAACGAUGAAAUAUAAGCCAAAACUUCAGUUAUUUUUCUAGGUUACUAUUUUUACUUCUGCCUUAAUCCAUCGGAAAGGACAAUGGGUAGAGUAGGAAGCUGAGCUAAAUUUGCAAAUUUUAUAAAUGAUUAUUGAGUUUUUAACCUUUUCUCUUAAAGGUUUAUCGCUUGUACAGUCCUACAACAGUGACUAAGACACAAAUGAUCCAGUUAUUUAUCCCUGACUAGUUUUAUCUCCUUGUUCCUCUUUACUCAUGCACCAAAAAUCCAGGACAAAUCAUCUCAGUGGCUUUUCUUGGGAAUUAACAAAAAAAAAAAAAGAACUAAAUAAUAAAUAUCAAAGUUUAAGAUCACUUUGUCACAUUUUUUUUUUUGCACAAAGUAGUGUGAUGCUAAGAAAUCUGUCAGUGUCAUAUAAAAGGAUAGAUAAAGGAUGAGUGAAUACAAACAGGAGUUGCAGCAGCUGUGGAGCAGAUGCAGAGAAGCCUGCGGCAGAAAGUGUGCUUCUAUUUGAGUUGUUGCGCAAAGUUUCAUUCAAUAGCCAAAGGACCUCCUAGUAGUCUAAAAAUAUUCAAACUCCCUCUGGUGUGGUACGGUGCAGAUCGCCAGUUUAGACUCUUGAAGGCCAGCUGCCUCUCUAACCACAGGUGUGUGUAUGUUUGAGCUUUUGAAAAGCUGUGUUGGUGCAGACAGUUGACUCUCAGUAGGGUUAAAUUUUCUUCUUUUGAGUACCAUUACAAGCAUGUAGUAUUAGUGUGCAUGCAUGUGAAGUAUCGCAGCAUGAAUGUGACGUUACUCUGUGUUUUCUCGAUCCAGGAGGGGCAGAAAAACAAGAAAUCUGCUGCACCCAAGAGGAAAGGUUCCAGGGAGAACCACCUAGAUGAGGAGUCCCCUUCAGCUCCAGCACAGGAGCAGAGGGCCGAAGAAGGCCAAAGAGAAGAGGAGGAGCGGCUUCUGAGGACUGAACCAAAGAGACCCCCGCACACCCACCACCAUCACCAUCACCACCACCACCACAACCGCCGGAUGGAGCACCACGGCCACGGCCAGAACAACCAAACAUCUGGAGGAGCAGAGGUACAGACAAGCAGGGAGUACAGCCAGAGAAUUCACCGCAGGCCCCUGCAAGAGGAACGGGAGGAGGAGGAGGUGGUGGUGGAGGAGGUGUUGGAGGAGGACGAGGAGGAGACUCGCUAUAACCACCGGGGCCAUAACCACCAGCAUCACAACAGCAACCACCAUCACCACCACCACCACCAUCACCACCAACAUCACCACCGCGGGAGCAGCCAGCCGCACUUCGGGGAGGACUAUGAGCAGGAGCACAAUGAACGCAACAGGCAGCACAGACAUCACCAGCAUGUUUCAGCACGGACACAACACACGGGUCAUUAUCCUGCACACAAUCAUCACAACUAUCACCACUAUCACAGAGACAGGGACCGAGACAGAGACAGAGAUAGAGACAGGGACAGAGACAGAGACAGAGAGAGACAUAAAGACAGGGAAAGAGACAGAGACAGGGAAAGAGAAAGAGAUCUUGGUAGAGACAGGGACCGCGAUGCACGACAGUGGCACAGAGAUUCCUACAUACACCAGUGACUGAGUUGGUACAUGGUUUUAUGCUGCUCAAGUGAAACUGCACUAAUGGAAAGAGCAGAGUGUGUCAUCUUUAAGGACAUUACUACUCCUCAAGUUCUUUGCCAUUUUUUAUAUUUGCUUUUGUCAACGACUACUACUAUUAUUUUUUUUUAACUAUCAUCAAAAUGACCUCUUUUUAAGCUCAUUUUUACCCAUCAUGUUUGGCCCCUGUGCUCAUGCAGCAUCUGUCCCGCAGAGUUUUAUUCUGUGUAGUAUGGAAGCCAAGAAUGGUCAUGUUGUGAUAGUCUGAUUUUGGUUAUAUCCUAAAAUAUGGGAGAAUAACAGAAUAUUUAUACUUCUGAUUUAUGCUCGGCCAAAACUAGUUCAGGCCAGUCUAAUCCUGAAUUUAUUAAGUCCAUUUUUUUGCCAUGUUGGUAUAGAUUUUUUGUGUAGUUUCUAUGAGGAAACCUCCACUAAUAAAUAAAAGGAGGAUAUAGUUUGAAAACGUAAUUGACUAAAACCUCCAAAAUAAUAAAAUAGAUGAACAAACACCUCUCUUGAAGCUUUGAUGAGGAUUUUGCAUCCAUUUUGGCACCCCCUGCAUACAAACCUCUUUCUCUCUCCCUCAACUCUGAGCUGAAAAGGUUAAUUUGCAACAUUAUAACUGGGUGUAAAAAGGCACUCCAGAGAAGAUGAGCGUGUCAGAAGAAAAGAUGGAAAGAGGUUCCUCAUUUUCUGAGACACAACUGCACAAAAAUGUUUCUGAGUGUAAAGGUGUAAGAAUUUAAUCAUCUACAGUGCAUAAAAUCAGUAAAAGGUUCAUUGAAUCUGGAGAAAUUUCUGUACAAAAGGCUGAAAUCCCCUACUAUAUGGGGGCGAUAUUUUGCACCGAGGAGUCACAUGACUCUGCAGUGGGAAUCACCGCAUGGGUUUAAAAUCACUUCCAUAAACUUCCAUACAACUUCAUCCACUAAUGCCGGUUAAAACUGAACCGUGUCAAAGAGAAAACUAAAGAAAAUCAGGAUCCAGCAUCGCUAGUGAAAUCACUGCUUCAACUGCUGUUCUUGGCUUCCUUGCUAAAGUUCACUUUCGGACCUCUGUUUAUGCCAAGUUCAAAAAAGGGGGUUUUGAUGUUCAGAUGAAAGCUCAGACACCUUUGUUGAACCACAGACCUAUUUUCAUCCGUCUCUGCCCCAUGUGUGAAUCUUGAAAAGGCGACAGUUUAUUUUUAACAUUGGUAUGGAAAGUAAACUAUUUUUCUACACGACUCUAAAGGAGGCCGUACUUCACCUCCUACUUUUUUUAAUGGGUGUCUAAUCAUAUCUAUUGACUUGCAUUUGCCCCUGUCUGGAAGCAUGAAACACUUUUUGGUGACACUGACCUGUGCUAUUCGCUGGAUACACUAUGCAUCUUCUUGUGAUAAAAGAAAAAAAAAUAUUGCUUGAAUAAAAUCUCUAUGCAUUUGUACAUACUUCAUAACUGCCUUGUUAGGUUAAUGUACGGAGAACCAGAGAGCCUGUUGCACUGUUUGGUAGAACUUGACCUACUGUGUAUGAUUUCUUUAAGUUGAGACCGAAAUGACUCUGGUCCUUUCAAAGCCGUAUGUUUUGGUUAUGUAUGUGUUUUGUACAUUAUUUCAGAAGUUCAUUCUGAAAAUAUGCAUUCUUUUGUUGAAAAUCAUUAAAAUGUCAAACAAA